AUGAAGAGAGACUCACAAGUCAUCACAUCCUGCGUCAUCCCAAUUAACGUCACAGGUAAAUACCAUGCAGCUUCUUAACCCUGUGAAUGCAUCCAACAUGGUACUCUACCUUUGACCAGGGCCCACUUGACCUGUGUGUUGUUUUCAGAGGUCUUGUCAGAGUCAUUACCGCAUGUCAGAGGCAUGAAACAGGUGGCAUAGCCUCCACUCUAAAAUGCGAUGUGGUUCGAUGAGAACACUGCCAUGUUGCCUCCACUGUUUGGAGGCUGAGUGGAUGAAGUGGUUCGAUGAGAACACUGCCAUGUUGCCUGUUGAGUGGAUGAAGGUGAGUGAGUAGUCUAGUAAAGGAGAACUGUGAAGUGAUUGUUUGACAAUCAGAUGAAAACAUCAUGACUUGUUGUGUUCAUGCCACAAUAAAAGGUAAUACAUUUUUUACAGUUAAAUGACAAAUCUUUACGACUAGGCCCACAGAGAUCAUGUUGAAUUAAUGGGGAUUCUAUAUGGAAUUAUAUGAUUAGGCCCAUAAAAGGAUUUGGUGCACGUGCACCAUAUAGGAGGUCCGUAGUGGAAGGAAGUGAAUUCUACUUUCACCCCUGGUUAUACUGUCUCCACCUGUCACCAUACUGUAUUAUAGCACCACUACCCCUGGUUAUACUGUCUCCACCUGUCACCAUACUGUAUUAUAGCAUCACUACCCCUGGUUAUACUGUCUCCACCUGUCACCAUACUGUAUUAUAGCACCACUACCCCUGGUUAUACUGUCUCCACCUGUCACCAUACUGUAUUAUAGCACCCACUACCCCUGGUUAUACUGUCUCCAACCUGUCACCAUACUGUAUUAUAGCAUCACUACCCCUGGUUAUACUGUCUCCACCUGUCACCAUACUGUAUUAUAGCACCACUACCCCUGGUUAUACUGUCUCCACCUGUCACCAUACUGUAUUAUAGCACACUACCCCUGGUUAUACUGUCUCUCACCUGUCACCAUACUGUAUUAUAGCACCACUACCCCUGGUUAUACUGUCUCCACUGUCACCAUACUGUGUUAUAGCAUCACUACCCCUGGUUAUACUGUCUGUUACUUCUCACCGUCACCAUACUGUAUUAUAGCACCACUACCCCUGGUUAUACUGUCUCCACUGUCACCAUACUGUAUUAUAGCACCACUACCCCUGUUAUACUGUCUCCACCUGUCACCAUACUGUAGUUAUAGCACCACUACCCCUGGUUAUACUGUCUGUUACUGUCUCCACCUGUCACCAUACUGUAUUAUAGCACCACUACCCCUGGUUAUACUGUCUCCACCUGUCACCAUACUGGUAUUAUAGCACCACUACCCCUGGUUAUACUGUUGACUGUCCACCUGUCACCAUACUGUAUUAUAGCACCACUACCCCUGGUUAUACUGUCUCCACCUGUCACCAUACUGUAUUAUAGCACCACUACCCCUGGUUAUACUGUCUCCACCUGUCACCAUACUGUAUUAUAGCACCACUACCCCUGGUUAUACUGUCUGUUACUGUCUCCACCUGUCACCAUACUGUAUUAUAGCACCACUACCCCUGGUUAUACUGUCUCCACCUGUCACCAUACUGUAUUAUAGCACCACUACCCCUGGUUAUACUGUCUCCACCUGUCACCAUACUGUAUUAUAGCACCACUACCCCUGGUUAUACUGUCUGUUACUGUCUCCACCUGUCACCAUACUGUAUUAUAGCACCACUACCCCUGGUUAUACUGUCUCCACCUGUCACCAUACUGUAUUAUAGCACCACUACCCCUGGUUAUACUGUCUCCACCUGUCACCAUACUGUAUUAUAGCACCACUACCCCUGGUUAUACUGUCUGUUACUCUCUCCACCUGUCACCAUACUGUAUUAUAGCACCACUACCCCUGGUUAUACUGUCUCCACCUGUCACCAUACUGUAUUAUAGCACCACUACCCCUGGUUUAUACUGUCUCCACCUGUCACCAUACUGUGUUAUAGCAUCACUACCCCUGGUUAUACUGUCUGUUACUCUCUCCACCUGUCACCAUACUGUAUUAUAGCAUCACUACCCCUAGUUAUACUGUCUCCACCUGUCACCAUACUGUAUUAUAGCACCACUACCCCUGGUUAUACUGUCUCCACCUGUCACCAAACUGUAUUAUAGCAUCACUACCCCUGGUUAUACUGUCUCCACCUGUCACCAUACUGUAUUAUAGCAUCACUACCCCUGGUUAUACUGUCUGUUACUGUCUCCACCUGUCACCAUACUGUAUUAUAGCACCACUACCCCUGGUUAUACUGUCUCCACCUGUCACCAUACUGUAUUAUAGCACCACUACCCCUGGUUAUACUGUCUCCACCUGAUACUGUCUCCACCUGUCACCAUACUGUAUUAUAGCAUCACUACCCCUGGUUAUACUGUCUCCACCUGUCUCCACCUGUCACCAUACUGUAUUAUAACAUAACUACCCCUGGUUAUACUGUCUCCACCUGUCACCAUACUGUAUUAUAGCACCACUACCCCUGGUUAUACUGUCUCCACCUGUCACCAUACUGUAUUAUAGCAUCACUACCCCUGGUUAUACUGUCUCCACCUGUCACCCAUACUGUAUUAUAGCAUCAUUACCCCAUGGUAUACUGUCUCCACCUGUCACCAUACUGUAUUAUAGCAUCAUUACCCCUGGUUAUACUGUCUCCACCUGUCCACCAUACUGUAUUAUAGCCACCACUACCCCUGGUUAUACUGUCUCCACCUGAUACUGUCUCCACCUGUCACCAUACUGUAUUAUAGCAUCACUACCCCUGGUUAUACUGUCUCCACCUGUCACCAUACUGUAUUAUAGCAUCAUUACCCCUGGUUAUACUGUCUCCACCUGUCACCAUACUGUAUUAUAGCACCACUACCCCUGGUUAUACUGUCUCCACCUGAUACUGUCUCCACCUGUCACCAUACUGUAUUAUAGCACCACUACCCCUGGUUACUGUCUCCACCUGAUACUGUCUCCACCUGUCACCAUACUGUAUUAUAGCAUCACUACCCCUGGUUAUACUGUCUCCACCUGAUACUGUCUCCACCUGUCUCCAUACUGUAUUAUAGCAUCACUACCCCUGGUUAUACUGUCUGUUACUGUCUCCACCUGUCACCAUACUGUAUUAUAGCACCACUAACCCCUGGUUAUACUGUCCCAACCUGUCACCAUACUGUAUUAUAGCAUCACUACCCCUGGUUAUACUGUCUCCCUCCUGUCACCAUACUGUAUUAUAGCACCACUACCCCUGGUUGAUACUGUCGCCACCUGUCACCAUACUGUAUUAUAGCAUCACCUACCCCUGUUUUAUACUGUCUCCACCUGUCACCAAUACUGUAAUUAUAGCAUCACUACCCCUGUUAUACUGUCUCCCCUGUCCCUGUAUUAUAGCACAUUACCCCUGGUUUAUACUGCUCCACCUGUCACCAUACUGUAUUAUAGCAUCACUACCCCUGGUUAUACUGUCUCCACCUGUCACCAUACUGUAUUAUAGCAUCAUUACCCCUGGUUAUACUGUCUCCACCUGUCACCAUACUGUAUUAUAGCACACUUACCCCUGGUUAUAUACUGUCUCCACCUGUCACCAUACUGUAUUAUAGCAUCACUACCUUACUGCUACGCUCCACCAAUCAGCACCUUUCUGUAUAUGCACAACUAACCCUCUUAAUUCUCCACCGCACCAUACGAAUAAAGCACUCUCUGGUCUAACUGCAGCAACACCACAUUGCAACCCUUUUUGGCUGAAUGGCCAAUGCACGGAAGCGCCCUGCAACCAUCUCAACUGGAAACAGAUUCGUGGUCAAUGAACAAGAUUGGGAACUGUUUUAGCAGCGGGACUGCCAACUGUCACGAUCGAGGCAAACCUUGCACGCAUCACAAAGACAGAGAGACCUGAGUGAAACGUCAGGACUGCUCAGAACUUGUGGGGAUGUUUUUCAGCAGCAGGGACUGGGAGACUAGUCAGGAUCGAGGCAAAGUUGAACGGAACAAAGUACAGAGAGAUCCUUGAUGAAAACCUGCUCCAGACUGCUCAGGACCUCCAACUGGGGCAAAGGUUCACCUUCCAACAGGACAACAACCCUAAGCACACAGCCAUGACAAUGCAGGAGUGGCUUCGGGACAAGUCUCUGAAUGUCCUUGAGUGGCCCAGCCAGAGCCCAGACUUGAACCCGAUCGACAAUCUCUGGAGAAACCUGAAAAUAACUGUGCAGCGACGCUCCCCAUCCAACCUGACAGAGCUUGAGAGGAUCUGCAGAGAAGAAUGGGAGAAACUCCCCAAAUACAGGUGUGCCAAGCUUGUAGCAUCAUACCCAAGAAGACUCGAGGCUGUAAUCGCUGCCAAAGGUGCUUCAACAAAGUACUGAGGAAAGGGUCUGAAUAUUUAUAUAAAGUAUUUCAAGGAAUAAGUUAGUCCUGAAUAUUUCUAAAACUAAAAGCAUUGUAUUUGGGUCAAAUCAUUCACUAAACCCUAAACCUCAACUACAUGUCGUAAUGAAUAAUGUGGAAAUUGUGGAGACUAAACUGCUUGGAGUAACCCUGGAUUGUAGACUGUCAUGGUCAAAGCAUAUUGAUACAACAGUAGCUAAGAUGGGGAGAAGUCUGUCCAUAAUAAAGCUCUGCUCUGCCUUAACAACACUAUCAACAAGGCAGGUCCUACAGGCCGUAGUUUUGUUGCACCUGGACUACUGUUCAGUAGUGUGGUCAGGUGCCACAAAGAGGGACUUGGGAAAAUUGCAAUUGGCUUAGAACAUGGCAGCACGGCUGGCCUUUAGAUGUACACAGAGCACUAACAUUAAUAAUAUGCAUGUCAAUCUCUCCUGGAAGAGAGAUUUACUUCAUCACUACUUGUUUUUGUAAGAGGUGUUGACAAGCUGAAUGUACCGAGCUGUCUGUUUAAACUACUAUCAAACAGCUCAGACACCCAUGCAUACCCCACAAGACAUGCCACCAGAGGUCUCUUCACAGUCCCCAAGUCCAGAAUAGACUAUGGGAGGCGCACAGUACUACAUAGAGCCAUGACUACAUGGAACUCUAUUCCACAUCAGGUAACUGAUGCAAGAUAAAAAAAAAACAGGUAAAAAAUACAUCUUAUGGAACAACAGGGACUGUGAAGAGACACACACAAGGGUAUAGAUACAUGCAUACGCACACAUUGUGAUAUUGUUGUAUGGUGGUAUUAAACAUUUGGCAGCAGCUAAUGGGGAUCCCUAAUAAAUACAAAUCCAAAUCCUAGUAAAACACAGAGCUGAUAUUUAUCCUUUAACAAUAGUUAUCUAACAGGCUUUGACUUGUUUCUUUAUAUUUAACUUCAAUGAUUUAUAUCCAUGCAGCUUCUGAGCAACAAAGCAGGAAAUACAGUUGAAGUGGGAAGUUUACAAACACUUAGGUUGGAGUCAUUAAAACUUGUUUUUCAACCACUUCACACAUUUAUUUUUAACAAACUAUAGUUUUGGCAAGUCGGUUAGGACAUCUACUUUGUGCAAGUAAUUUUUCCAAUAAUUGUUUACAGACAGAUUAUUUCAAUUAUAAUUCACUGUAUCACAAUUCCAGUGGGUCAGAAGUUUACAUACACUAAGUUGACUGUGCCUUUAAACAGCUUGGAAAAUACCAGAAAAUGAUGUCAUGGCUUUAGAAGCUUCUGAUAGGCUAAUUGACAUCAUCUGAGUCAAUUGGAGGUGUACCUGUGGAUGUAUUUCAAGGCCUACCUUCAAACUCAGUGCCUCUUUGCUUGACAUCAUGGGAAAAUCAAAAGAAAUCAGCCAAGACUUCAGGAAAAAAAACAGAAACCUCCACAAGUUUGGUUCAUCCUUGGGAGGAAUUUCCAAACGCCUGAAGGUACCACGUUCAUCUGUACAAAGAAUAGUACGCAAGUAUAAACACCAUGGGACCACGCAGCCGUCAUACCGCUCAGGAAGGACACGCGUUCUGUCUCCUAGAGAUGAACGUACUUUGGUGCGAAAAGUGCAAAUCAAUCCCAGAACAACAGCAAAGGACCUUGUGAAGAUGCUGGAGGAAACGGGUACAAAAGUAUCUAUAUCCAUAGUAAAAUGAGUCCUAUAUCGACAUAACCUGAAAGGCCACUCAGCAAGGAAGAAGCCACUGCUCCAAAACCGCCAUAAAAAAGCCAGACUACGGUUUGCAACUGCACAUGGGGACAAAUAUCGUACUUUUUGGAGAAAUGUCCUCUGGUCUGAUGAAACAAAAAUAGAACUGUUUGGCCACAAUGACCAUCGUUAUGUUUGGAGGAAAAAGGGGGUUGCUUGCAAGCCGAAGAACACCAUCCCAACCGUGAAGCACGGGGGUGGCAGCAUCAUGCUGUGGGGCUGCUUUGCUGCAGGAGUGACUGGUGCACUUCACAAAAUAGAUGGCAUCAUGAGGAAGGAAAAUUACGUGGAUAUAUUGAAGCAACAUCUCAAGACAUCAGUCAGGAAGUUAAAGCUUGGUCGCAAAUUGAUCUUCCAAAUGGACAAUGACCCCAAGCAUACUUCCAAAGUUGUGGCAAAAUGGUUUAAGGGCAACAAAGUCAAGGUAUUGGAGUGGCCAUCACAAAGCCCUGACCUCAAUCCUAUAGAACAUUUGUGGGCAGAACUGAAAAAGCAUGUGCGAGCAAGGAGGCCUACAAACCUGACUCAGUUACACCAGCUCUGUCAGGAGGAAUGGGCCAAAAUUCACCCAACUUAUUGCGGGAAGCUUGUGGAAGGCUACCCGAAACGUUUGACCCAAGUUAAACAAUUUAAAGGCAAUGCUACCAAAUACUAAUUGAGUGUAUGUAAACUUCUGACCUACUGGGAAUGUGAUGAAAGAAAUAAAAGCUGAAAUAAAUCAUUCUCUCUACUAUUAUUCUGACAUUUCACAUUCUUAAAAUAAAGUGAUGAUCCUAACUGACCUAAGACAGAGAAUUGUUAUUAGGAUUAAAUGUCAGGAAUUGUGAAAAACUGAGUUUAAAUGUAUUUGGCUCAGGUGUAUGUAAACUUACGACUUCAACUGUACAUGCACAGCAUAACACAAUGAUAGACGUUGUCCCUCAGAAUGAUGUUACAAUGGGCAAGUUAUGGUUAACAGCAGCCAGGGCCUUCUGGCUGUCUGAAUUGGUCUGUUUGUGCCAGUGAGGGUAGAGGCAAGAUACUGCUUCAUGAAUGCCAAUUAGUCCCAUUAGAAUGGUUAAAAGGCCUGUUGAGAUUUAUUUACUGCGAGUUGCGUAGCGUCUCAGAGAUCUGGAGCCAACAGGGCUGAGGCAGAGUGUUGAGGCAGAAACUGAACAGCAAAGAGCUGUAAUAAUGUGGAGCUGAAAGAGCAGUCUCUAGUCACAUGAUAGUCAUGAAGUAGAGAGAGAGAGAGAGAGAGAGAGAAACAGCACAACUAGACACAGGGAGACACAGGGAGACACAGGGAGACAGGGAGACACGGAGACAGGGAGACAGGGAGACAGGGAGACACGGAGACAGGGAGACAGGGAGACAGGGAGACAGGGAGACACGGAGACACGGAGACACGGAGACAGGGAGACAGGGAGACAGGGAGACAGGGAGACAGGGAGACAGGGAGACAGGGAGACACGGAGACAGGGAGACACGGAGACACGGAGACAGGGAGACAGGGAGACAGGGAGACAGGGAGACACGGAGACAGGGAGACACGGAGACACGGAGACAGAGAGUGCACAGAGAGUGCACAGAGACACAGAGAGAGACAUGGAUACACAGAGAGAGACAGAGACACAUGAUACUGUAUACUGUAAAAUGUGGUCAGUGUUUUUAGUUGUUGCAAUAUCAUCUUACUUUAACCUGGUUAUAAUUUACCAUCCUAUGUUUUCUGUUCUAUUUGUAAACUAUAUAUUCCCUGUGAUAAGUAGUUAUAAACAUCAAAGCUUGUGAGUGGUCAAGUAUCUUACCUGUACUUCCACUAUUUGAGAAGUGCAGCUUCGCUGUAGAUGGCAGCUUCACUGUAGAUGGCAGCUUCACUGUAGAUGGCAGCUUCACUAUAGAUGGCAGCUUCGCUGUAGAUGGCAGCUUCACUAUAGAUGGCAGCUUCACUAUAGAUGGCAGCUUCACUAUAGAUGGCAGCUUCACUAUAGAUGGCAGCUUCACUAUAGAUGGCAGCUUCACUAUAGAUGGCAGUAACAUGAAUCUAUUGAAUCUAUUUUCUGGGUGACCUAAAUAUUGACUGGCUUUCAUCAAGCUGCCCACUCAAGAAAAAUAUUCAAACUGUAACUAGUGCCUGCAACCUGGUUCAGGUUAUCAGUCAGCCUACCAGGGUAUUUAUAAACAGCACAGGAAUGAAAUCAUCCACAUGUAUUGAUCAUAUCUUUACUAAUGCUGCAGAAAUCUGCUCUAAAGCAGUAUCCAGAUCCAUCAGAUGUAGUGAUCACAAUAUAGUAGCCAUAUCUAGGAAAACCAAAGUUCCAAAGGCUGGGCCUAAUAUAGCGUAUAAGAGGUCAUACAAUAAGUUUUGUAGUGAUUCUUAUAUUGAAGAUCUACAGUAUUCAGACCCCUUGACCUUUUCCACAUUUUGUUACGUUACAGGCUUAUUCUCAAAUUGAUUAAAUUGUUUUUUCCCCCUCAUCAAUCUACACACAAUACCCCAUAAUAAGAAAGCGAAAAUAGGUUUUAUAACUUUUUGCAAAUGUAUUCCAAUUAUAACAUUUACAUAAGUAUUUAGACCCUUUACUCAGUACUUUGUUGAAGCACCUUUGGCAGCGAUUACAGCCCCGAGUCUUCUUGGGUAUGACGCUACAAGCUUGGCCCACCUGUAUUUGGGGAGUUUCUCCCAUUCUUCUCUGCUGAUCCUCUCAAGCUCUGUCAGGUUGGAUGGGGAGCAUCGCUGCACAGCUAUUUUCUCCAGAGAUGUUCGAUCGGGUUCAAGUCCGGGCUCUGGCUGGGCUACUCAAGGACAUUGAGAUUUGUUCUGAAGCCACUUCUGCAUUGUCUUGGCUGUGUGCUUAGGGUUUUUGUCCUUUUGGAAGAUGAACCUUCGUCCCAGUCUGAGGUCCUGAGCGCUCUGGAGCAGGUUUUUGUUCAAUCUUGGUGUCAUCAGACCAGAUAAUCUUGUUUCUCAUGGUCUGAGAGUCAUUAGGUGCCUUUUGGCAAACUCCAAGUGGGCUGUCAUGGCCACUCUACCAUAAAGGCCUGAUUGGUGGAGUGCUGUAGAGAUGGUUGUCCUUCUGGAAGGUUCUCCCAUCUCCACAGAGGAACUCUAGAGCUCUGUUAGAGUGACCAUCGGGUUCUUGGUCACCUCCCUGACCAAGGCCCUUCUCCCCCGAUAGCUCAGUUUGGCUGGGUGGCCAACUCUAGGAAGAGUCUUGGUAGUUCCAAACUUCUUCCAUUUAAGAAUGAUGGAGGCCACUGUGUUCUUGGGGACCUUCAAUGCUGCAGAAAUGUUUUGGUACCCUUCUCCAGAUCUUUGCCUUGAUGAUAAUGGCGCCGGAGAAGAUGGCUGCCGUUUUACAGCCCUCUAACCAAUUGUACUAUAAUGUGUGUUUUUCCGCGUUAUUUGUAAUUUAUUUUGUACAUAAUGUUUCUGCCAUCGUCUCUUAUAACCAAAAAGAGCUUCUGGAUAUCAGGACAGCGAUUACUCACCUCGUAUUGGACGAAUAUUUUUUUCUUCAACGAGGCGGCUGCAAAGGAUAUCCUACGGACACCAGACAAGGCCCAAAUCCCUGUCAUUCGCAUGAGGAAGAGACGGAGAUAUCGUGGACGUAGAUCGGGGUGCCUUGUAAGGAUCCGACGGCGAGCAAGUAAACUGCCUCUUCCAUCAAUCCUAUUAGCCAAUCUUCAAUCAUUUGAGAAUAAAUUGGAUGACCUAAGAUUACGGUUAUCCUACCAACGGGAAAUUAAAAACUGUAAUAUCUUAUGUUUCACCGAGUCGUGGCUGAACGAAGACAUGGACAACAUACAGCUAGCGGGCUAUACGCUACAUCGGCAGGAUAGAACGGCUGACUCCGGUAAGACAAGGGGUGGUGGUCUGUGUAUAUUUGUAAACAACAGCUGGUGCACAAAAUCAAAUACUAAGGAAGUCUCUAAGUUUUGCUCGCCUGAGGUAGAGUAUCUCAUGAUAAGCUGUAGACCACACUAUUUACCAAGAGAGUUUUCAUCUAUAUUUUUCAUAGCUGUCUAUUUACCACAACAAACCAAUGCUGGCAUUAAGAUUGCACUGAAUGAACUGUAUAAGGCCAUAAGUCAACAGGAAGACGCUCAUCCAGAGGCAGCGCUCCUAGUGGCCGGGGACUUUAAUGCAGGGAAACUUAAAUCCAUUCUACCUCAUUUCUACCAGCAUAUUAAAUGUGCAACCAGAGGGAAAGAAAACUCUAGACCACCUUUACUCCACACACAGAGGCUCUCCCUCGCCCUCCAUUUGGCAAAUCUGACCAUAACUCUAUCCUCCUGAUUCCUGCUUAUAAGCAAAAACUAAAGCAGGAAGCACCAUUGACUCGGUUAAUAAAAAAAGUGGUCAGAUGACGCAGAUGCUAAGCUACAAGACUGUUUUGCUAGCACAGACUGGAAUAUGUUCCGGGAUUCUUCCGAUGGCAUUGAGGAGUACACCACAUCAGUCACUGGCUUCAUCAAUAAGUGCAUCGAUGAUGUCGUCCCCACAGUGACCGUACGUACAUACCCCAACCAGAAGCCAUGGAUUACAGGAAACAUCCACACUGAGCUAAAGGGUAGAGCUGCCUCUUUCAAGGAGCGGGACUCUAACCCGGACGCUUAUAAGAAAUCCCGCUAUGCCCUCCGACGAACCAUCAAACAGGCAAAGAGUCAAUACAGGACUAAGAUUGAAUCGUACUACACCUGCUCUGACGCUCGUCGGAUGUGGCAGGGCUUGAAAACUAUUACAGACUACAAAGGGAAGCACAGCCGCGAGCUGCCCAGUGACACAAGCCUACCAGACGAGCUAAAUCACUUCUAUGCUCGCUUUGAGGCAAGCAACACUGAAGCAUGCAUGAGAGCACCAGCUGUUCCGGAUGACUAUGUGAUCACGCUCUCCGUAGCCGAUGUGAGUAAGACUUUUAAGCAGGUCAACAUUCACAAUACCGCCCCAACAGAUCCACAGAUGAUGCAAUCUCUAUUGCACUCCACACUGCCCUUUCCCACCUGGACAAGAGGUACACCUACGUGAGAAUGCUAUUCAUUGACUACAGCUCAGCAUUCAACACCAUGGUAACCUCCAAGCUCAUCAUUAAGCUCGAGGCCCUGGGUCUGAACCCCGCCCCCCAGGUGGUGAAUGUAGGAAACAACAUCUCCACUUCGCUGAUCCUCAACACUGGGGCCCCACAAGGGUGUGUGCUCAGCCCCCUCCUGUACUCCCUGUUCACCCAUGACUGCGUGGCCAAGCACGCCUCCAACUCAAUUAUCAAGUUUGCAGACGACACAACAGUAGUAGGCUUGAUUACCAACAAUGACGAGACCGCCUACAGGGAGGAGGUGAGGGCUCUGGGAGUGUGGUGCCAGGAAAAUAACCUCUCACUCAACGUCAACAAAACAAAGGAGAUGAUCGUGGACUUCAGGAAACAGCAGAGGGUGCAGCCCCCUAUCCACAUCGACGGGACCGCAGUGGAGAAGGUGGAAAGCUUGAAGUUCCUUGGCGUACACAUCACCGACAAACUGAAAUGGUUCAGCCACGCAGACAGUGUGGUGAAGAAGGCGCAACUGAGCUUCUUCAACCUCAGGAGGCUGAAGAAAUGUGGCUUAUCACCUAAAACCCUCACAAACUUUUACAGAUGCACAAUUGAGAGCAUCCUGUCGGGCUGUAUCACCGCCUGGUACGGCAACUGCACCGCCUGCAACCGCAGGGCUCACCAGAGGGUGGUGCGGUCUGCCGAACGCAUCACCGGGGGCAAACUACCCGCCCUCCAAGACACAUACAGCACCCGAUGUCACAGGAAGGCCAAAAAGAUCAUCAAGGACAUCAACCACCCGAGCCACUGCCUGUUCACCCCGCUAUCGUCCAGAAGGCGAGGUCAGUACAGGUGCAUCAAAGCUGGGACCGAGAGACUGAAAAACAGCUUCUAUCUCAAGGCCAUCAGACUGUUAAAUAGCCAUCACUAGCACAUUAGAGGCUGCUGCUGCCUAUUGAACUCACUGGCCACUUUAAGAAAUGGAACACUAGUCACUUUAAUAAUGUUUCCAUAUCUUGGACUACUCAUCUCAUAUGUAUAUACUGCAUUCUAUUUUAUAAUAUUCUACUGUAUCUUAGUCCAUACCGCUCUGACAUCGCUCGUCCAUAUAUGUAUAUAUUCUUAAAUCCCAUUCCUUACUUUUUUGUGUGUAUUGGGUAUGUGUUGUGAAAUUGUUAGAUAUUACUGCACUGUCGGAGCUAGAAGCACAAGCAUUUCACUACACCUGCAAUAACAUCUGCUAAACACGUGUAUUUGACAAUUAACAUUUGAUUUGAUUUGAUUUGAGAUUGCAGUAACAUUCAUCUAUAAAUGGCAGUAACAAUUAUAUUCUAUAGAUUGCAGUAACAUGAAUCUAUAGAUGGCAGUAACAUGAAUCUAUAGAUGACAGUAACAUUAAUCUAUAGAUGACAGUAACAUUAAUCUAUAGAUGACAGUAACGUUAAUCUAUAGAUGACAGUAACAUGAAUCUAUAGAUGACAGUAACAUGAAUCUAUAGAUGACAGUAACAUGAAUAUAUAGAUGACAGUAACAUGAAUAUAUAGAUGACAGUAACAUUAAUAUAUAGAUGACAGUAACGUGAAUCUAUAGAUGACAGUAACGUGAAUCUAUGGAUGACAGUAACAUGAAUCUAUAGAUGACAGUAACAUUAAUCUAUAGAUGACAGUAACAUUAAUCUAUAGAUGACAGUAACAUGAAUCUAUAGAUGACAGUAACGUUAAUCUAUAGAUGACAGUAACAUGAAUCUAUAGAUGACAGUUGCAUUAAUCUAUGGAUGACAGUAGUGUUAAUCUAUUGGUGGCAGUAACAUAAUUAUAUUCUAUAGAUGACAGUAACAUUAAUCUAUAGAUGACAGUAACAUGAAUCUAUAGAUGACAGUAACAUGAAUCUAUAGAUGACAGUUGCAUUAAUCUAUGGAUGACAGUAGUGUUAAUCUAUUGGUGGCAGUAACAUAAUUAUAUUCUAUAGAUGACAGUAACAUUAAUCUAUAGAUGACAGUAACAUGAAUCUAUAGAUGACAGUAACAUGAAUCUAUAGAUGACAGUUGCAUUAAUCUAUGGAUGACAGUAGUGUUAAUCUAUUGGUGGCAGAAACAUAAUUAUAUUCUAUAGAUGACAGUAACAUGAAUCUAUAGAUGACAGUAACAUGAAUCUAUAGAUGACAGUAACAUGAAUAUAUAGAUGACAGUAACAUGAAUAUAUAGAUGACAGUAACAUUAAUAUAUAGAUGACAGUAACGUGAAUCUAUAGAUGACAGUAACGUGAAUCUAUGGAUGACAGUAACAUGAAUCUAUAGAUGACAGUAACAUUAAUCUAUAGAUGACAGUAACAUUAAUCUAUAGAUGACAGUAACGUGAAUCUAUGGAUGACAGUAACAUGAAUCUAUAGAUGACAGUAACAUUAAUCUAUAGAUGACAGUAACAUUAAUCUAUAGAUGACAGUAACGUUAAUCUAUAGAUGACAGUAACAUGAAUCUAUGGAUGACAGUAACAUUAAUCUAUAGAUGACAGUAACAUUAAUCUAUAGAUGACAGUAAUGUUAAUCUAUGGAUGACAGUAACAUUAAUAUAUAGAUGACAGUAACAUUAAUCUAUAGAUGACAGUAACGUUAAUCUAUAGAUGACAGUAACAUGAAUCUAUAGAUGACAGUAACAUUAAUCUAUAGAUGACAGUAACAUGAAUAUAUAGAUGACAGUAACAUUAAUCUAUAGAUGACAGUAACAUGAAUAUAUAGAUGACAGUAACAUGAAUAUAUAGAUGACAGUAACAUGAAUCUAUAGAUGACAGUAACAUGAAUCUAUAGAUGACAGUAACAUGAAUCUAUAGAUGACAGUAACAUGAAUCUAUAGAUGACAGUAACAUGAAUAUAUAGAUGACAGUAACAUGAAUAUAUAGAUGACAGUAACAUGAAUCUAUAGAAGACAGUAACAUGAAUAUAUAGAUUGCAGUAACAUGAAUCUAUAGAUUGCAGUAACAUGAAUCUAUAUUUUCCUGUUGAUAGAUAGAUUGCAGUAACAUGAAUCUAUAUUUUCCUGUUGAUAGAUAAAUCGAUACAUCUCUGCUUGCUUCAGUGUGAGAAAAAGAGGAGAGGGCUUUGCUGCUUUGCUGCCGUCACUAAUAUAUAAAGGUUUCUCACGUCUUGUGUCUCUGCUCUUUUCUGCAGGGGUUCAGUUCCACAGAGACGCUAGUGUGCGCUGCUCGCCAGUCCACUCUCAGUCCGUACUUCAGAGGAGGAGGAAGCUGAGGAGACGGAAGACUGUCAUCGGGAUUCCUAGAAGAGUUCAGCAGGACCUAGGUAUGACUCAUUUCAGCCCUAACCUUGAACCCUACCACCUCUCCUGUUUAUAGACCUAGGUAUGACUAAUUUCAGCCCCAACCUUGAACCCUACCACCUCUCCUGUUUAUAGACCUAGGUAUGACUAAUUUCAGCCCUAACCUUGAACCCUACCACCUCUCCUGUUUAUAGACCUAGGUAUGACUAAUUUCAGCCCUUACCUUGAACCCUACCACCUCUCCUGUUUAUAGACCUAGGUAUGACUCAUUUCAGCCCUAACCUUGAACCCUAACAUUUUACAUUUACAUUUCAGUCAUUAGCAGAUGCUGUUUUCCAGAGCGACUUACAGUUAGUGCAUUCGUCUUAAAAUAGCUACAUAUCAACCACAUAUCAACCACAUAUCAACCACAUAUCAACCACAUAUCAACCACAUAUCACAGUCAGAUAGUAAGUACAUGUUUCCUCUAAAUAGUUAUCAGCAAAGUCGGGGGUGGGGAGGGAGGGGCUGCUGUGUCAAGUACAAGUGUUGGUUCAGGAUCAUUAUAAUUAUUUAUUUAUUUUCGGGUGAGGAGGGGAAUUAUUUGAGAUACUAUUUGAAGAGGCGGGGUUUCAGGUGCUUUAUGAAGAUGGCCAGGGACUCUGCUGUCCUAGCGUCAGGGGGAAGCUGGUUCCACCAUUGGGGUGCCAGGACAGAGAAGAGCUUGGACUGGGCUGAGUGGGAGCUGCCCUCUCAUAGGGGUGGGAGGGCCGAAAGACCAGAGGUGGCAGAACGGAGUGCUCAGGUUGGGGUGUAGGGUUGGAGCAUAGCCUGGAGAUAGGGGCUCGGGUUGGGGUGGAGGGUUGGAGGGCUGAGAGACCAGAGGUGGCAGAACGGAGUGCUCUGGUUGGAGUGUAGGGUUUGAGCAUAGCCUGAAGAUAGGGGCUCUGGUUGGGGUGUAGGGUUUGAGCAUAGCCUGAAGAUAGGGGCUCUGGUUGGGGUGUAGGGUUUGAGCAUAGCCUGAAGAUAGGGGCUCUGGUUGGAGUGUAGGGUUUGAGCAUAGCCUGAAGAUAGGGGCUCUGGUUGGGGUGUAGGGUUUGAGCAUAGCCUGAAGAUAGGGGCUCUGGUUGGGGUGUAGGGUUUGAGCAUAGCCUGAAGAUAGGGGCUCUGGUUGGGGUGUAGGGUUGGAGCAUAGCCUGAAGGUAGGGAGGGGCAGUUCCUCUUGCUGCUCCAUAGGUAAGCACCAUGGUCUAAUAGUGGAUGAGAGCUUCAACUGGAAGCCAGUGGAGUGGGCGGAGGAGCGGGGUGACAUGAGAGAACUUGGGAAGGUUGAACACCAGGCAGGCUGCAGCGUUCUGGAUAAGUUACAGGGGUUUGAUGGCACAAGCGGGGAGCCCAGCCAACAGAGAGUUGCAGCAGUCAAGAUGGGAGAGGACAAGUGCUUGGAUUAGGACCUGUGCCGCAUCCUGUGUGAGGUAGGGUCGUACUCUACAGAUGUUGUAGAUCAUGAACCUGCAGGAGAGAGUCACUGCUUUGAUGUUUGCAGAGAUCGACAGGGUGUUGUCCAGGGUCACGCCAAGGUUCUUUGAACCCUGGGAGGGCGACACUGUGGAGUUGUCAACCGUGAUGAAGAGGUCUUUAAGUGGGCAGGCCUUCCCGGGGAGGAAGAGCAGUUCCGUCUUGAUGAGGUUGAGGUGGUGGGCCGACAUCCAAGUUGAGAUAUCUACCAGGCACGCAGAGAUGCGUGUCGCCACCUGGGUGUCAGAAGGGGGGAAGGAGAAAAGUAGUUGAGUGUCAUCCGCAUAGCGAUGAUAGGAGAGACCAGGUGAGGAUAUGACAGAGCCGAGUGACUUGGUGUAUAGAGAGAAGAGGAGAGGGCCUAGAACCGAGCCCUGGGGGACACCAGUAGUGAGAGUACGUGGUGCAGACACAGAUCCUCUCCACGUCACCUGGUAGGAGCGGCCUGCCAGGAUAGGAUGCAAUCCAAGAGUGUGCAGAGCCUGAGACACCCAGCCCUGAGAGGGUGGAGAGGAGGAUCAGCCAUGAGAGGGUGGAGAGGAGGAUCAGCCCUGAGAGGGUGGAGAGGAGGAUCAGCCCUGAGAGGGUGGAGAGGAGGAUCAGCCAUGAGAGGAUGGAGAGGAGGAUCAGCCCUGAGAGGGUGGAGAGGAGGAUCAGCCAUGAGAGGAUGGAGAGGAGGAUCAGCCCUGAGAGGGUGGAGAGGAGGAUCAGCCCUGAGAGGGUGGAGAGGAGGAUCAGCCCUGAGAGGGUGGAGAGGAGGAUCAGCCCUGAGAGGGUGGAGAGGAGGAUCAGCCCUGAGAGGGUGGAGAGGAGGAUCAGCCCUGAGAGGGUGGAGAGGAGGAUCAGCCCUGAGAGGGUGGAGAGGAGGAUCAGCCCUGAGAGGGUGGAGAGGAGGAUCAGCCAUGAGAGGAUGGAGAGGAGGAUCAGCCCUGAGAGGGUGGAGAGGAGGAUCAGCCCUGAGAGGGUGGAGAGGAGGAUCUGAUGGUUCAGGGUGUAGAAGGCAGCGGAUAGAUGUAGGAGGAUGAGAACAGAGGAGAGAGAGUCAGCUUUGGCAGUGCGGAGAACCUCCGUGACACAGAGAAGAGCAGUCUCGGUUGAGUGACUCGUCUUGAACCCUGACUGGUUAGGGUCAAGAAGAUCAUUCUAAGAGGAAUAACAAGAAAGUUGAUCAGAGACAGCACACUCAAGUGAUUUGGAAAGAAAAUAACACCUCUUCUGUUUAUAGACCUAGGUGCAGUAUGUUUAACCCUAACCCUGUUUAUAGACCUAGGUGCAGUAUGUUUAACCCUAACCCUGUUUAUAGACCUAGGUGCAGUAUGUUUAACCCUAACCCUGUUUAUAGACCUAGGUGCAGUAUGUUUAACCCUAACCCUGGUUAUAGACCUAGGUGCAGUAUGUUUAACCCUAACCCUGUUUAUAGACCUAGGUACACUACCGGUCAAACGUUUUAGAACACCUACUCAUUCAAGGGUUUUUCUUAAUUUUUACUAUUUUCUACAUUGUAGAAUAAUAGUGAAGACUUCAAAACUAUGACAUAACACAUAUGGAAUCAUGUAGUAACCAAAAAAGUGUUUAUCAAAUCAAAAUAUAUUUUAUAUUUGAGAUUCUUCAAAUAUCCACCCUUUGCCUUGAUGACAGCUUUGCACACCCUUGGCAUUCUCUCAACCAGCUUCAUGAGGUAGUCACCUGGAAUGCAUUUCAAUUAACAGGUGUGCCUUCUUAAAAGUUAAUUUGUGGAAUGUGUUUGAGCCAAUCAGUUGUGUUGUGACAAGGUAGGGGGAGUAUACAGAAGAUAGCCCUAUUUGGUAAAAGACCAAGUAUUUUAAACAAUGAAUAAACCGCAACAUAUCAGCUAAAGCGAUUGAAUUCACAAAUGCAUUUGACUGUUUGUAAUAUUGGCUGUACUAGAGACUUUAAAACCUUUUUUGUUAGAACAGACUAUAUGGGAUUGAUUAUAAUUUGUUUGUAAAUUAUUAUAGUAUUUGAUGUGCUGUUUAUACUGUUAGAAGUUUAGCUUGAUUAAAUAGAUUAAAAUUAUGGGGUUUCUAUUCCAAGACAAACGAAAAUGUAUUUUACAGUAGCCCAUGUAGGCCUCAGGGUUUCCGUUAGGAACAUAUGGCGCUGUACAACGUGACCAGUCGGGAGUAGGACUAGGUUACUAAGUGACCGGUCAGGAGUAGGACUAGGUUACUAAGUGACCGGUCGGGAGUAGGACUAGGUUACUAAGUGACCGGUCAGGAGUAGGACUAGGUUACUAAGUGACCGGUCAGGAGUAGGACUAGGUUACUAAGUGACCAGUCGGGAGUAGGACUAGGUUACUAAGUGACCGGUCAGGAGUAGGACUAGGUUACUAAGUGACCGGUCAGGAGUAGGACUAGGUUACUAAGUGACCGGUCAGGAGUAGGACUAGGUUACUAAGUGACCAGUCAGGAGUAGGACUAGGUUACUAAGUGACUGGUCAGGAGUAGGACUAGGUUACUAAGUGACCAGUCGGGAGUAGGACUAGGUUACUAAGUGACCGGUCAGGAGUAGGACUAGGUUACUAAGUGACCAGUCAGGAGUAGGACUAGGUUACUAAGUGACCAGUCGGAAGUAGGACUAGGUUACUAAGUGACCAGUCAGGAGUAGGACUAGGUUACUAAGUGACCGGUCAGGAGUAGGACUAGGUUACUAAGUGACCAGUCAGGAGUAGGACUAGGUUACUAAGUGACCAGUCAGGAGUAGGACUAGGUUACUAAGUGACCAGUCGGGAGUAGGACUAGGUUACUAAGUGACCGGUCAGGAGUAGGACUAGGUUACUAAGUGACCAGUCAGGAGUAGGACUAGGUUACUAAGUGACCAGUCAGGAGUAGGACUAGGUUACUAAGUGACCAGUCGGGAGUAGGACUAGGUUACUAAGUGACUGGUCAGGAGUAGGACUAGGUUACUAAGUGACCGGUCAGGAGUAGGACUAGGUUACUAAGUGACCGGUCAGGAGUAGGACUAGGUUACUAAGUGACCAGUCAGGAGUAGGACUAGGUUACUAAGUGACCAGUCGGGAGUAGGACUAGGUUACUAAGUGACUGGUCAGGAGUAGGACUAGGUUACUAAGUGACCGGUCGGGAGUAGGACUAGGUUACUAAGUGACUGGUCAGGAGUAGGACUAGGUUACUAAGUGACCGGUCAGGAGUAGGACUAGGUUACUAAGUGACUGGUCAGGAGUAGGACUAGGUUACUAAGUGACCAGUCGGGAGUAGGACUAGGUUACUAAGUGACUGGUCAGGAGUAGGACUAGGUUACUAAGUGACUGGUCAGGAGUAGGACUAGGUUACUAAGUGACUGGUCAGGAGUAGGACUAGGUUACUAAGUGACCGGUCAGGAGUAGGACUAGGUUACUAAGUGCCGGUCAGGACUAGGACUAGGUUACUAAGUGACCAGUCGGGAGUAGGACUAGGUUACUAAGUGACUGGUCAGGAGUAGGACUAGGUUACUAAGUGACCAGUCGGGAGUAGGACUAGGUUACUAAGUGACCGGUCGGGAGUAGGACUAGGUUACUAAGUGACCGGUCGGGAGUAGGACUAGGUUACUAAGUGACCGGUCAGGACUAGGUUACUAAGUGACCGGUCAGGAGUAGGACUAGGUUACUAAGUGACCAGUCAGGAGUAGGACUAGGUUACUAAGUGACCAGUCGGGAGUAGGACUAGGUUACUAAGUGACCGGUCAGGAGUAGGACUAGGUUACUAAGUGACCGGUCAGGAGUAGGACUAGGUUACUAAGUGACCGGCCAGGAGUAGGACUAGGUUACUAAGUGACCAUUCAGGAGUAGGACUAGGUUACUAAGUAACUGGUCAGGAGUAGGACUAGGUUACUAAGUGACCAGUCGGGAGUAGGACUAGGUUACUAAGUGACCGGUCAGGAGUAGGACUAGGUUACUAAGUGACUGGUCAGGAGUAGGACUAGGUUACUAAGUGACCAGUCAGGAGUAGGACUAGGUUACUAAGUGACCGGUCAGGAGUAGGACUAGGUUACUAAGUGACCGGUCAGGAGUAGGACUAGGUUACUAAGUGACUGGUCAGGACUAGGUUACUAAGUGACCGGUCAGGAGUAGGACUAGGUUACUAAGUGACCGGUCAGGACUAGGUUACUAAGUGACCGGUCAGGAGUAGGACUAGGUUACUAAGUGACCGGUCAGGAGUAGGACUAGGUUACUAAGUGACCGGUCAGGUCAGGAGUAGGACUAGGUUACUAAGUGACCGGUCAGGAGUAGGACUAGGUUACUAAGUAACCGGUCGGGAGUAGGACUAGGUUACUAAGUGACCGGUCGGGAGUAGGACUAGGUUACUAAGUGACCGGUUGGGAGUAGGACUAGGUUACUAAGUGACCGGUCUGGAGUAGGACUAGGUUACUAAGUGACCAGUCAGGAGUAGGACUAGGUUACUAAGUGACCAGUCAGGAGUAGGACUAGGUUACUAAGUGACCAGUCGGGAGUAGGACUAGGUUACUAAGUGACCGGUCAGGAGUAGGACUAGGUUACUAAGUGACCGGUCAGGAGUAGGACUAGGUUACUAAGUGACCGGUCUGGAGUAGGACUAGGUUACUAAGUGACCAGUCAGGAGUAGGACUAGGUUACUAAGUGACCGGUCAGGAGUAGGACUAGGUUACUAAGUGACCGGUCAGGAGUAGGACUAGGUUACUAAGUGACCGGUCAGGAGUAGGACUAGGUUACUAAGUGACCGGUCGGGAGUAGGACUAGGUUACUAAGUGACCGGUCAGGAGUAGGACUAGGUUACUAAGUGACCGGUCAGGAGUAGGACUAGGUUACUAAGUGACCGGUCAGGAGUAGGACUAGGUUACUAAGUGACCGGUCAGGAGUAGGACUAGGUUACUAAGUGACCGGUCGGGAGUAGGACUAGGUUACUAAGUGACCAGUCGGGAGUAGGACUAGGUUACUAAGUGACCGGUCAGGAGUAGGACUAGGUUACUAAGUGACCGGUCAGGAGUAGGACUAGGUUACUAAGUGACCAGUCGGGAGUAGGACUAGGUUACUAAGUGACCAGUCGGGAGUAGGACUAGGUUACUAAGUGACCAGUCGGGAGUAGGACUAGGUUACUAAGUGACCGGUCAGGAGUAGGACUAGGUUACUAAGUGACCGGUCAGGAGUAGGACUAGGUUACUAAGUGACCGGUCAGGAGUAGGACUAGGUUACUAAGUGACCAGUCGGGAGUAGGACUAGGUUACUAAGUGACCGGUCAGGAGUAGGACUAGGUUACUAAGUGACUGGUCAGGAGUAGGACUAGGUUACUAAGUGACCAGUCAGGAGUAGGACUAGGUUACUAAGUGACCGGUCAGGAGUAGGACUAGGUUACUAAGUGACCGGUCAGGAGUAGGACUAGGUUACUAAGUGACCGGUCGGGAGUAGGACUAGGUUACUAAGUGACUGGUCAGGAGUAGGACUAGGUUACUAAGUGACCAGUCGGGAGUAGGACUAGGUUACUAAGUGACCAGUCAGGAGUAGGACUAGGUUACUAAGUGACCAGUCGGGAGUAGGACUAGGUUACUAAGUGACCAGUCAGGAGUAGGACUAGGUUACUAAGUGACCGGUCAGGAGUAGGACUAGGUUACUAAGUGACCGGUCAGGAGUAGGACUAGGUUACUAAGUGACCAGUCGGGAGUAGGACUAGGUUACUAAGUGACCGGUCAGGAGUAGGACUAGGUUACUAAGUGACCAGUCGGGAGUAGGACUAGGUUACUAAGUGACCGGUCAGGAGUAGGACUAGGUUACUAAGUGACCGGUCAGGAGUAGGACUAGGUUACUAAGUGACCGGUCAGGACUAGGUUACUAAGUGACCAGUCAGGAGUAGGACUAGGUUACUAAGUGACCAGUCGGGAGUAGGACUAGGUUACUAAGUGACCGGUCAGGACUAGGUUACUAAGUGACCAGUCAGGAGUAGGACUAGGUUACUAAGUGACCAGUCGGGAGUAGGACUAGGUUACUAAGUGACCGGUCAGGAGUAGGACUAGGUUACUAAGUGACCGGUCUGGAGUAGGACUAGGUUACUAAGUGACCGGUCAGGAGUAGGACUAGGUUACUAAGUGACCGGUCAGGAGUAGGACUAGUUUACUAAGUGACCAGUCGGGAGUAGGACUAGGUUACUAAGUGACCGGUCAGGAGUAGGACUAGGUUACUAAGUGACCGGUCAGGAGUAGGACUAGGUUACUAAGUGACCAGUCGGAAGUAGGACUAGGUUACUAAGUGACCGGUCAGGAGUAGGACUAGGUUACUAAGUGACCGGUCAGGAGUAGGACUAGGUUACUAAGUGACCAGUCGGAAGUAGGACUAGGUUACUAAGUGACCAGUCGGGAGUAGGACUAGGUUACUAAGUGACCGGUCAGGAGUAGGACUAGGUUACUAAGUGACUGGUCAGGACUAGGUUACUAAGUGACCGGUCAGGAGUAGGACUAGGUUACUAAGUGACCAGUCGGGAGUAGGACUAGGUUACUAAGUGACCGGUCAGGAGUAGGACUAGGUUACUAAGUGACCGGUCAGGACUAGGUUACUAAGUGACCGGUCAGGAGUAGGACUAGGUUACUAAGUGACCAGUCGGGAGUAGGACUAGGUUACUAAGUGACCAGUCGGGAGUAGGACUAGGUUACUAAGUGACCGGUCAGGAGUAGCACUAGGUUACUAAGUGACCGGUCAGGAGUAGGACUAGGUUACUAAGUGACCGGUCAGGACUAGGUUACUAAGUGACCGGUCAGGAGUAGGACUAGGUUACUAAGUGACCGGUCAGGACUAGGUUACUAAGUGACCGGUCAGGAGUAGGACUAGGUUACUAAGUGACCGGUCAGGAGUAGGACUAGGUUACUAAGUGACCGGUCAGGAGUAGGACUAGGUUACUAAGUGACCAGUCGGGAGUAGGACUAGGUUACUAAGUGACCGGUCAGGAGUAGGACUAGGUUACUAAGUGACCGGUCAGGAGUAGGUUACUAAGUGACCGGUCAGGAGUAGGACUAGGUUACUAAGUGACACCGGUCAGGAGUAGGACUAGGUUACUAAGUGACCGGUCAGGAGUAGGACUAGGUUACUAAGUGACCGGUCAGGAGUAGGACUAGGUUACUAAGUGACCGGUCAGGAGUAGGACUAGGUUACUAAGUGACCGGUCAGGAGUAGGACUAGGUUACUAAGUGACCGGUCAGGACUAGGUUACUAAGUGACACCGGUCAGGAGUAGGACUAGGUUACUAAGUGACACCGGUCAGGAGUAGGACUAGGUUACUAAGUGACGGUCAGGAGUAGGACUAGGUUACUAAUGACACCGGUCAGGAGUAGGACUAGGUUACUAAGUGAACCGGUCAGGAGUAGGACUAGGUUACUAAGUGACCGGUCGGGAGUAGGACUAGGUUACUAAGUGACCGGUCAGGAGUAGGACUAGGUUACUAAGUGACCGGUCGGGAGUAGGACUAGGUUACUAAGUGACCAGUCGGGAGUAGGACUAGGUUACUAAGUGACCGGUCAGGAGUAGGACUAGGUUACUAAGUGACCGGUCAGGAGUAGGUUACUAAGUGACCGGUCAGGAGUAGGACUAGGUUACUAAGUGACACCGGUCAGGAGUAGGACUAGGUUACUAAGUGACCGGUCAGGAGUAGGACUAGGUUACUAAGUGACCGGUCAGGAGUAGGGACUAGGUUACUAAGUGACUCGGUCAGGAGUAGGACUAGGUUACUAAGUGACCGGUCAGGAGUAGGACUAGGUUACUAAGUGACCGGUCAGGACUAGGUUACUAAGUGACACCGGUCAGGAGUAGGACUAGGUUACUAAGUGACACCGGUCAGGAGUAGGACUAGGUUACUAAGUGACCGGUCAGGAGUAGGACUAGGUUACUAAGUGACACCGGUCAGGAGUAGGACUAGGUUACUAAGUGACCGGUCAGGAGUAGGACUAGGUUACUAAGUGACCGGUCGGGAGUAGGACUAGGUUACUAAGUGACCGGUCAGGAGUAGGACUAGGUUACUAAGUGACCGGUCGGGAGUAGGACUAGGUUACUAAGUGACCGGUCAGGAGUAGGACUAGGUUACUAAGUGACCAGUCAGGACUAGGUUACUAAGUGACCGGUCAGGAGUAGGACUAGGUUACUAAGUGACCGGUCAGGAGUAGGACUAGGUUACUAAGUGACCGGUCAGGACUAGGUUACUAAGUGACCAGUCAGGAGUAUGACUAGGUUACUAAGUGACCGGUCGGGAGUAGGACUAGGUUACUAGGUGACACCGGUCAGGAGUAGGACUAGGUUACUAAGUGACCGGUCAGGAGUAGGACUAGGUUACUAAGUGACUGGUCAGGAGUAGGACUAGGUUACUAAGUGACCAGUCAGGAGUAGGACUAGGUUACUAAGUGACCGGUCAGGAGUAGGACUAGGUUACUAAGUGACCGGUCAGGAGUAGGACUAGGUUACUAAGUGACCGGUCAGGAGUAGGACUAGGUUACUAAGUGACCGGUCAGGACUAGGUUACUAAGUGACCGGUCAGGAGUAGGACUAGGUUACUAAGUGACCGGUCAGGACUAGGUUACUAAGUGACCGGUCAGGAGUAGGACUAGGUUAAUAAGUGACCGGUCAGGAGUAGGACUAGGUUACUAAGUGACCGGUCAGGAGUAGGACUAGGUUACUAAGUGACCAGUCGGGAGUAGGACUAGGUUACUAAGUGACCAGUCGGGAGUAGGACUAGGUUACUAAGUGACCGGUCAGGAGUAGGACUAGGUUACUAAGUGACCGGUCAGGAGUAGGAGUAGGUUACUAAGUGACCGGUCAGGAGUAGGUUACUAAGUGACCAGUCAGGAGUAGGACUAGGUUACUAAGUGACCGGUCGGGAGUAGGACUAGGUUACUAAGUGACACCGGUCAGGAGUAGGACUAGGUUACUAAGUGACCGGUCAGGAGUAGGACUAGGUUACUAAGUGACCGGUCAGGAGUAGGACUAGGUUACUAAGUGACCAGUCAGGAGUAGGACUAGGUUACUAAGUGACCGGUCAGGAGUAGGACUAGGUUACUAAGUGACUGGUCAGGAGUAGGACUAGGUUACUAAGUGACCAGUCAGGAGUAGGACUAGGUUACUAAGUGACCAGUCAGGAGUAGGACUAGGUUACUAAGUGACUGGUCAGGAGUAGAACUAGGUUACUAAGUGACCGGUCAGGAGUAGGACUAGGUUACUAAGUGACCAGUCGGGAGUAGGACUAGGUUACUAAGUGACCAGUCAGGAGUAGGACUAGGUUACUAAGUGACUGGUCAGGAGUAGGACUAGGUUACUAAGUGACUGGUCAGGAGUAGGACUAGGUUACUAAGUGACCAGUCGGGAGUAGGACUAGGUUACUAAGUGACCAGUCGGGAGUAGGACUAGGUUACUAAGUGACCAGUCAGGAGUAGGACUAGGUUACUAAGUGACCGGUCAGGAGUAGGACUAGGUUACUAAGUGACCGGUCGGGAGUAGGACUAGGUUACUAAGUGACCGGUCAGGAGUAGGACUAGGUUACUAAGUGACCGGUCAGGAGUAGGACUAGGUUACUAAGUGACCGGUCAGGAGUAGGACUAGGUUACUAAGUGACCAGUCGGGAGUAGGACUAGGUUACUAAGUGACCGGUCGGGAGUAGGACUAGGUUACUAAGUGACCGGUCAGGAGUAGGACUAGGUUACUAAGUGACCGGUCAGGACUAGGUUACUAAGUGACCGGUCGGGAGUAGGACUAGGUUACUAAGUGACCGGUCAGGACUAGGUUACUAAGUGACCGGUCAGGAGUAGGACUAGGUUACUAAGUGACCGGUCAGGACUAGGUUACUAAGUGACCGGUCAGGAGUAGGACUAGGUUACUAAGUGACCGGUCAGGACUAGGUUACUAAGUGACCGGUCAGGAGUAGGACUAGGUUACUAAGUGACCGGUCAGGACUAGGUUACUAAGUGACCGGUCAGGAGUAGGACUAGGUUACUAAGUGACCGGUCAGGAGUAGGACUAGGUUACUAAGUGACCGGUCAGGAGUAGGACUAGGUUACUAAGUGACCAGUCGGGAGUAGGACUAGGUUACUAAGUGACCAGUCGGGAGUAGGACUAGGUUACUAAGUGACCGGUCAGGAGUAGGACUAGGUUACUAAGUGACCGGUCAGGAGUAGGACUAGGUUACUAAGUGACCGGUCAGGAGUUGGACUAGGUUACUAAGUGACCGGUCAGGAGUAGGACUAGGUUACUAAGUGACCAGUCGGGAGUAGGACUAGGUUACUAAGUGACCGGUCGGGAGUAGGACUAGGUUACUAAGUGACCGGUCAGGAGUAGGACUAGGUUACUAAGUGACCGGUCAGGAGUAGGACUAGGUUACUAAGUGACCGGUCAGGAGUAGGACUAGGUUACUAAGUGACACCGGUCAGGAGUAGGACUAGGUUACUAAGUGACCGGUCAGGAGUAGGACUAGGUUACUAAGUGACACCGGUCAGGAGUAGGACUAGGUUACUAAGUGACACCGGUCAGGAGUAGGACUAGGUUACUAAGUGACCGGUCAGGAGUAGGACUAGGUUACUAAGUGACUGGUCAGGAGUAGGACUAGGUUACUAAGUGACCAGUCAGGAGUAGGACUAGGUUACUAAGUGACCGGUCAGGAGUAGGACUAGGUUACUAAGUGACCAGUCGGGAGUAGGACUAGGUUACUAAGUGACCAGUCGGGAGUAGGACUAGGUUACUAAGUGACCGGUCAGGAGUAGGACUAGGUUACUAAGUGACCGGUCAGGAGUAGGACUAGGUUACUAAGUGACCAGUCGGGAGUAGGACUAGGUUACUAAGUGACCAGUCGGGAGUAGGACUAGGUUACUAAGUGACCGGUCAGGAGUAGGACUAGGUUACUAAGUGACCGGUCAGGAGUAGGUUACUAAGUGACCGGUCAGGAGUAGGACUAGGUUACUAAGUGACACCGGUCAGGAGUAGGACUAGGUUACUAAGUGACACCGGUCAGGAGUAGGACUAGGUUACUAAGUGACCGGUCAGGAGUAGGACUAGGUUACUAAGUGACCAGUCGGGAGUAGGACUAGGUUACUAAGUGACCAGUCGGGAGUAGGACUAGGUUACUAAGUGACCAGUCGGGAGUAGGACUAGGUUACUAAGUGACCGGUCAGGAGUAGGACUAGGUUACUAAGUGACCAGUCAGGAGUAGGACUAGGUUACUAAGUGACCAGUCGGGAGUAGGACUAGGUUACUAAGUGACCGGUCGGGAGUAGGACUAGUUUACUAAGUGACCGGUCAGGAGUAGGACUAGGUUACUAAGUGACCGGUCAGGAGUAGGACUAGGUUACUAAGUGACCGGUCAGGAGUAGGACUAGGUUACUAAGUGACCAGUCGGGAGUAGGACUAGGUUACUAAGUGACCAGUCGGGAGUAGGACUAGGUUACUAAGUGACCAGUCGGGAGUAGGACUAGGUUACUAAGUGACCGGUCAGGAGUAGGACUAGGUUACUAAGUGACCGGUCAGGAGUAGGACUAGGUUACUAAGUGACCGGUCAGGAGUAGGACUAGGUUACUAAGUGACCAGUCGGGAGUAGGACUAGGUUACUAAGUGACCAGUCAGGAGUAGGACUAGGUUACUAAGUGACCAGUCAGGAGUAGGACUAGGUUACUAAGUGACUGGUCAUGAGUAGGACUAGGUUACUAAGUGACCAGUCGGGAGUAGGACUAGGUUACUAAGUGACCGGUCGGGAGUAGGACUAGGUUACUAAGUGACGGUCAGGAGUAGGACUAGGUUACUAAGUGACCGGUCAGGAGUAGGACUAGGUUACUAAGUGACACGGUUUAGGAGUAGGACUAGGUUACUAAGUGACCGGUCAGGAGUAGGACUAGGUACUAAGUGACCAGUCGGGAGUAGGACUAGGUUACUAAGUGACCGGUCAGGGGUAGGACUAGGUUACUAAGUGACCGGUCAGGAGUAGGACUAGGUUACUAAGUGACCGUCGAAGGAGUCAGGAGUAGGAGGACUAGGUUACUAAGUGACGGUCAGGAGUAGGACUAGGUUAUAGUGACCAGUCGGGAGUAGGACUAGGUUACUAAGUGACCAGUCAGGAGUAGGACUAGGUUACUAAGUGACCAGUCGGGAGUAGGGCUAGGUUACUAAGUGACCGGUCAGGAGUAGGACUAGUUACUAAGUGACCGUCAGGAGUAGGACUAGGUUACUAAGGACAGGGCGGAGUAGGACUAGGUUACUAAGUGAACCGGUCGGAGUAGGACUAGGUUUACUAAGUGACCGGUCAGGAGUAGGACUAGGUUACUAAGUGACCGGGCAGGAGUAGGACUAGGUUACUAAGUGACCGGUCAGGAGUAGGACUAGGUUACUAAGUGACCGGGCGGGAGUAGGACUAGGUUACUAAGUGACCAGUCGGAGUAGGACUAGGUUACUAAGGACCAGUCGGGAUAGGGACUAGGUUACUAAGUGACCGGUCAAGGGAAGGUUAAAGGACUAGGUAUACUAAGUGACCGGUCAGGAGUAGGACUAGGUUACUAAGUGACCAGUCGGGAGUAGGACUAGGUUACUAAGUGACCAGGGACAGGGUUUGGACUAGGUUACUAAGUGACCAGUCAGGAGUAGGACUAGGUUACUAAGUGACCGGUCAUGAGUAGGACUAGGUACUAAGUGACCAGUCGGGAGUAGGACUAGGUUACUAAGUGACCGGUCGGGAGUAGGACUAGGUUACUAAGUGACCGGUCAGGGGGUAGGACUAGGUUACUAAGUGACCGUCAGGAGUAGGACUAGGUUACUAAGUGAAACCGGUCAGGAGUAGGACUAGGUUACUAAGUGACCGGUCAGGAGUAGGACUAGGUUACUAAGUGACAGUCGGAGUAGGACUAGGUUACUAAGUGACCGGUCAGGAGUAGGACUAGGUUACUAAGUGACCGGUCAGAGUAGGACUAGGUUAUAAGUGACCGGUCAGGAGAGACUAGGUUACUAGUGACCGGUCAGGAGUAGGACUAGGUUAGUAAGUGACCAGUAGGGAGUAGGACUAGGUUACUAAGUGACCGGUCAGGAUAGCGUUACUAAGUGACGGUCAGGAGUAGGACUAGGUUACUAAGUGACCGGUCAGGAGUAGGACUAGGUUACUAAGUGACCCGUCGGGAGGAGUAGGACUAGGUUACUAAGUGACAGUCAGGGGGUAGACUAGGUUACUAAGUGAACCGGUCAGAGUAGGACUAGGUUACUAAGUGACCGGUCAGGAGUAGGACUAGGUUACUAAGUGACCAGGGCGGGAGUAGGACUAGGUUACUAAGUGACCGGUCAGGAGUAGGACUAGGUACUAAGUGACCGGUCGGGAGUAGGACUAGGUUACUAAGUGACCGGUCAGGAGUAGGACUAGGUUACUAAGUGACAGUCAGGGAGUAGGACUAGGUUACUAAGUGACCGGUCAGGAGUAGGACUAGGUUACUAAGUGACCGGUCAGGAGUAGGACUAGGUUACUAAGUGACCAGUCAGGAGUAGGACUAGGUUACUAAGUGACCGGUCAGGUUAGGACUAGGUUACUAAGUGACCAGUCAGGAGUAGGACUAGGUUACUAAGUGACCGGUCAGGAGUAGGACUAGGUUACUAAGUGACGUCGGAGUAGGACUAGGUACUAAGCGACCGGUCAGGAGUAGGACUAGGUUACUAAGUGACCGUCGGGAGUAGGACUAGGUUUUCUAAGUGACCGGUCAGGAGUAGGACUAGGUUACUAAGUGACCGGUCAGGGAGUAGGACUAGGUUACUAAGUGACCAGUCAGGGGGUAGGACUAGGUUACUAAGUGACCGGUCAGGAGUAGGACUAGGUUACUAAGUGACGGUCAGGAGUAGGACUAGGUUACUAAGUGACCGGUCAAGAGUAGACUAGGACUAAUACGGGUUUACUAAGUGACGGUAGAGUAACAGGACUAAGUAUCAGGAGUAGUAGGUUACUAAGUGACCGGUCAGGAUAGGUUACUAAGUGACCGGUUCGGAGUAGGACUACGGUUACUAAGUUGAAACCUCGGGUAGGAGUAGACUAGGUUUCAAGUGACACCGGUCAGGAGUAGGAUAGGUUACUAAGUGACCAGUGGCGAUUAGGACCAGGUUACUAAGGACCUCCAGAUGGACUGGUUAUAAACAGUGAGUAGGGUAGGUACAAAGUGACACGGUCAAAGGGGUAGGACUAGGUUACUAAGUGACCGGUCGGUGAGUCAGGACUAGGUUACUAAGUGCGUGGAGUGGACUAGUUAUGUACGCCCGGAGUAGGACUAGUAAACUAUUUGACGCCCAGGAGUAGGACUAGGUUACUAAUGACCGUCAGAGUGGACUAAACAGUUGACCGUGCCAUAGCUGGUUACUAAACCAGUCAAACGGUUACAAGGCGUCAGAGUAAAGACUAUUACAGUGGCCUCAGAGUAGACUAGUUACAAUUGACUUGAGAGGCUGGUUAUAAGAACGGUCGACUGGUUACAAGUUGUAACUAUUCAUGACCGUGGAGUGGCUAGGUUACUAAGUGCCGGUUCAGGAGUAGGACUGGUUAUGUGACCGCCAGGUGUUAAUAGUUCUAAGUGAACCUCCCGAGAGGACUGGUUACUAAGACAGGUCAUGUAGGCGGGUGGUUAAGAAUGACCCGCCCCAGCGGUUAGGACUAUUACAAGUACUGAGUGAACAACAAGUAAUCCUAAUAUUUCCACACCCUAAUUGUAGGCUAACCAACUAACUAAUACCCAAACAGAGAUUCAGUGAAAAUAAAAAUCUGACCAGUCCCCAUGCUUGUCUCAAAGCAGCACGAAACGGUGCUGAAAUAGUUGACCUACAUUGCUUCAAAUCCUAGUAUAACAAUUUGAUGACUUUGGGUGUUUCAUUAAGCAACAAUUUGAUGCCUUCAAUUGCAUUAGCCUUCUUUAUGCCAAUGUGUCUGUCAUUCAGUGAUAUUUAUUCCCAUAGUAAUUCAUAAUGGAUCCAUCCAGAUGUGGUUAUAAAACAGUGCAUGUGGUGGGCUAUGCAAAGAGAUGGGUGAAGAGACAUGCCUCGCAAACAUCCAUUAGUACAAUUAAAGUCCCUAAACUCAGCCAGAGUCUAUUGUCCUGCUGAUAGCCCACCAAGGGUGGAUGGCUUCUUUUGUAUUCCAAUGUAUUGGAAAGGCUGCUAAACCAUUUCCACCUUGCCCACAGCGUUGUUAAACCAUUUCCACCUUGCCCACAGCGUUGCUAAACCAUUUCCACCUUGCCCACAGCGUUGUUAAACCAUUUCCACCUGGCCCACAGCGUUGUUAAACCAUUACCACCUGGCCCACAGCGUUGUUAAACCAUUUCCACCUUGCCCACAGCGUUGUUAAACCAUUUCCACCUGGCCCACAGCAUGUAAACCAUUUCCACCUUGCCCACAGCGUUGCUAAACCAUUUCCACCUUGCCCACAGCGUUGUUAAACCAUUUCCACCUUGCCCACAGCGUUGUUAAACCAUUUCCACCUUGCCCACAGCGUUGUUAAACCAUUUCCACCUUGCCCACAGCGUUGUUAAACCAUUUCCACCUUGCCACGUUUAACCAUCCACCUUGCCCACAGCGUUGUUAAACCAUUUCCACCUGGCCCACAGCGUUGUUAAACCAUUUCCACCUGGCCCACAGCGUUGUUGAGUACUAACAGUACAGGGCCCUUUCACUCCAUUCUCUGUCUGAAUCUCUAGCAAUACCACCAGAUUAUUAUCUCUAUUGUUGUCAUCUAUUCGCUAACAUUCCACAAGUAAAUGUAAUAAACAGUCCAUCAUUACUUUAAGACGUGAAGGUCAGUCAAUACAGAAAUUGUCAAGAACUAAAGUUUCUUCAAGUGCAGUCGCAAAAACCGCUAUGAUGAAACUGGCUCUCAUGAGGACCGCCAAAGGAAUGGAAGACCCAGAGUUACCUCUGCUGCAGAGGAUAAGUUCAUUAGAGUUACCAGCCACAGAAAUUGCAGCCCAAAUAAAUGCUUCACAGAGUUCAAGUAACAGACACAUCUCAACAUCAACUGUUCAGAGGAGACUGUGUGAAUCAGUCCUUCAUGGUCGAAUUGCUGCAAAGAAACCGCUGCUAAAGGAUACCAAUAAGAAGAAGAGACCUGCUUGGGCCAAGAAACACGAGCAAUGGACAUUAGACCGGUGGAAAUGUGUCCUUUGGUCUGGAGUCCAAAUUGGAGAUUUUUGGUUCCAACCGGCAUGUCUUUGUGAGACGCGGUGUGGGUGAUUUGUGAGACGCGGUGUGGGUGAACGGAUGAUCUCCGCAUGUGUAUUUCCCACCGUAAAGCAUGGAGGAGGAGGUGUUAUGGUGUGGGGGUGCUUUUCUGGUGACACUGUCUGUGAUUUAUUCAGAAUUCAAUGCACACUUAACCAGCAUGGCUACCACAGCAUUCCACAGUGAUAUGCCAUCCCAUCUGGAUAGUGGGACUAUCAUUUGUUUUUCAACAGGACAAUGACCCAACACACCUCCAAGCUGUGUAAGGGCUAUUUGACCAAGAAGGAGAGUGAUGGAGUGCUGCAUCAGAUGACCUGGCAAAUCCACAAUCCCCCGACCUCAACUAAAUUGAGAUGGUUUGGGAUGAGUUGGACCGCAGAGUGAAGGAAAAGCAGCCAACAAGUGCUCAGCAUAUUUUACAUUUACAUUUUAGUCAUUUAGCAGACGCUCUUAUCCAGAGCGACUUACAGUUAGUGAAUACAUAUAUAUUUUUUUUCAUACUGGUCCCCUGUGGGAAUUGAACCCACAACCCUGGCGUUGCAAACGCCAUGCUCUAUCAACUGAGCUACAUCCCUGCCGGCCAUUCCCUCCCCUACCCUGGACAACGCUAGGCCAAUUGUGCGCUGCCCAUGAGCUUGCCCAUGCAUAUGUGGGAACUCCUUCAAGACUGUUGGAAAAGAAUUCCAGGUGAAGCUGGUUGAGAGAAUGCCAAGAGUGUGCAAAGCUGUCAUCAAGGCAAAGGGUGGCUAUUUGAAGAAUCUAUCAUCUAAAAUAUGUUUUGAUUUGUUUAACACUUUUUUGGUUACUACAUGAUUCCAUAUGUGUUAUUUCAGAGUUUUGAUGUCUUCACUAUUAUUCUACAACGUAAAAAAUUAUAAAAAAUAAAGAAAAACCCUUGAAUGAGUAGGUGUGUCCAAACUUUUGACUGGUAGUUUAUAUUUUAAGAAUAUAAUGGAAUAUAACAUAACAUUUUCGUUUCUCAGAGUGCGCGCGGGACAGAGGAAGAUCAAUUCUUACACUAUUGUUCUAAAUUCAAUCACUAUCUUCUUCAUCCUCAUCAUUCAGUUCAUUACAAUUAAUGUUUAAUGCCAGAAAUACAGUGCCUUGCAAAAGUAUUCAUCCCCCUUGGUGUUUUUCCUAUUUUAUUGCAUUACAACCUGUAAUUUAAAUGGAUUUCUAUUUGGAUUUCAUGUAAUGGACAUACACAAAAUAGUCGAAAUUGGUGAAGUGAAAUGAAAAAAAAAAACUUGUUUCAAAAAAAUAAUAAUAAUACAUAACGUAAAAGUGGUGCGUGCAUAUGUAUUUUUUUUAUUUAUUUUUUUCACCUUUAUUUAACCAAGUAAACCAGUUGAGAACAAGUUCUCAUUUACAACUGCGACCUGGCCAAGAUAAAGCAAAGCAGUGCGAUAAAAACAACAACACAGAGUUACAUAUGGGGUAAAACAAAACAAAGUCAAAAAUGCAACAGAAAUAAAUAUAUAUACAGUGUGUGCAAAUGUAGCAAGUUAUAGAGGUAAGGCAAUAAAUAGGCUAUAGUGCAAAAUAAUUACAAUUAGUAUUAACACUGGAAUGAUAGAUGUGCAAGAGAUGAUGUGCAAAUAGAGAUACUGGGGUACAAAUGAGCAAAAUAAAUAACAAUAUAGGGAUGAGGUAGUUGGGCGGGCUAAUUUCAGAUGGGCUGUGUACAGGUGCAGUGAUCGGUAAGGUGCUCUGACAACUGAUGCUUAAAGUUAGUGAGGGAGAUAAGUGUCUCCAGCUUCAGAGAUUUUUGCAAUUUUUUCCAGUCAUUGGCAGCAGAGAACUGGAAGGAAUGGCGGCCAAAGGAGGUGUUGGCUUUGGGGAUGACCAGUGAGAUAUACCUGCUGGAGCGCAUACUACGGGUGGGUGUUGCUAUGGUGACCAAUGAGCUAAGAUAAGGCGGGGAUUUGCCUAGCAGUGAUUUAUAGAUGGCCUGGAGCCAGUGGGUUUGGCGACGAAUAUGUAGUGAGGAUCAGCCAACAAGAGCGUACAGGUCACAGUGGUGGGUAGUAUAUGGGGCUUUGGAGACAAAACGGAUGGCACUGUGAUAGACUACAUCCAAUUUGCUGAGUAGAGUGUUGGAGGCUAUUUUGUAAAUGACAUCGCCGAAGUCAAGGAUCGGUAGGAUAGUCAGUUUUACGAGGGCAUGUUUGGCAGCAUGAGUGAAGGAGGCUUUGUUGCGAAAUAGGAAACCGAUUCUAGAUUUAACUUUGGAUUGGAGAUUCUUAAUGUGAGUCUGGAAGGAGAGUUUACAGUCUAACCAGACACCUAGAUAUUUGUAGUUGUCCACAUACUCUAGGUCAGACCCGUCGAGAGUAGUGAUUCUAGUCGGGUGGGCGGGUGCAAGCAGCGUUCGAUUUAAGAGCAUGCAUUUAGUUUUACUAGUGUUUAAGAGCAGUUGGAGGCUACUGAAGGAGUGUUGUAUGGCAUUGAAGCUCGUUUGGAGGUUUGUUAACACAGUGUCCAAUGAAGGGCCAGAUGUAUACAAAAUGGUGUCGUCUGCGUAGAGGUGGAUCUGAGAGUCACCAGCAGCAAGAGCGACAUCAUUUACAUACACAGAGAAAAGAGUCGGCCCAAGAAUUGAACCCUGUGGCACCCCCAUAGAGACUGCCAGAGGUCCAGACAACAGGCCCUCCGAUUUGACACAUUGAACUCUAUCUGAGAAGUAGUUGGUGAACCAGGCGAGGAUAUGUAUUCACCCCCUUUGCUAUGAAGCCCCUAAAUAAGAUCUGGUGCAACCAAUUACCUUCAGAAGUCACAUAAUUAGUUAAAUAAACUCCACCUCUGUGCAAUCUAAGUGUCACAUGAUCUGUCACAUGAUCUCAGUAUACACUACCGUUCAAAAGUUUGGGGUCACUUAGAAAUGUCCUUGUUUUCGAAAGAAAAACGAUUUUUUUGUCCAUUAAAAUAACAUCAAAUUGAUCAGAAAUGCAGUGUAGACAUUGUUAUGUUGUAAAUGGCUAUUGUAGCUUAAAACGGCUGAUUAUUAAUGGAAUAUCUACAUAGACGUACAGAGGCCCAUUAUCAGCAACCAUCAGUCCUGUGUUCCAAUGGCACGUUGUGUUUGCUAAUCAAAGUUGAUCAUUUUAAAAGGCUAAUUGAUCAUUAGAAAACCAUUUUGCAAUUAUGUUAGCACAGCUGAAAACAGUUGUGCUGAUUAAAGAAGCAAUAAAACUGGGCUUCUUGAGACUAGUUGAGUAUCUGGAGCAUCAGCAAUUGUGGGUUCGAUUACAGGCUCAAAAUGGCCAGAAACAAAGAACUUUCUUCUGAAACUCGUCAGUCUAUUCUUGUUCUGAGAAAUGAAGGCUAUUCCAUGCAAGAAAUUGCCAAGAAACUGAAGAUCUCGUACAACGCUGUGUACUACUCCCUUCACAGAACAGCGCAAACUGGCUCUAACCAGAAUAGAAAGAGGAGUGGGAGGCCCCGGUGCACAACUGAGCAAGAGGACAAAUACAUUAGUGUUUAGUUUGAGAAACAGACGCCUCACAGGUCCUCAACUGGCAGCUUCAUUAAAUAGUACCCACAAAACACCAGGACAUUCAGAGACUUGUCCCGAAGCCACUCCUGCGUUGUCUUGGCUGUGUGCUUAGGGUCGUUGUCCUAUUGGAAGGUGAACCUUCGCCCCAGUCUGAGGUCCUGAGCGCUCUGGAGCAGGUUUUCAUCAAGUAUCUCUCUGUACUUUGCUCCGUUCAUCUUUCCCUCGAUCCUGACUAGUCUCCCAGUCCCUGCCACUGAACAACAUCCCCACAGCAUGAUGCUGCCACCACCAUGCUUCACCGUAGGGAUGGUGCCAGGUUUCUUCCAGAUAUGACACUUGGCAUUCAGGCCAAAGAGUUCAAUCUUGGUUUCAUCAGACCAGAAAAUCUUGUUUCUCAUGGUCUGAGAGUCUUUAGGUGCCUUUUGGCAAACUCCAAGCGUGCUGUCAUGUGCCUUUUACUGAGGAGUGGCUUCUGUCUGGCCACUCUUCCGUAAAGGCCUGAUUGGUGGAGUGCUUUAGUGAUGGUUGUCCUUCUGGAAGGUUCUCCCAUCUCCGCAGAGGAACUCUGGAGCUCUGUCAGAGUGACCAUUUGGGUUCUUGGUCACCUCCCUGACCAAGGCCCUUCUCCCCCGAUUGCUUAGUUUGGCCGGGCGGCCAGCUCUAGGAAGAGUCUUGGUGGUUCCAAACUUCUUCCAUUUAAGAAUAAUGGAGGCCACUGUGUUUUUGGGGACCUUCAAUGCUGCAGAAAUGUUUUGGUACCCUUCCCCAGAUCUGUCCUCGACACAAUCCUGUCUCGAAGCUCUACGGACAAUUCCUUCGACCUCAUGGCUUGGUUUUUGCUCUGACAUGCACUGUCAACUAUUGGACCUUAUAUAGACAGGUGUGUGCCUUUCCAAAUCAUGUCCAAUCAAUUGAAUUUACCACAGGUGGACUCCAAUCAAAUUGUAGAAACAUCUCAAGGAUGAUCAAUGGAAACAGGAUGCACCUUAGAUCAAUUUCGAGUCUUAUAGCAAAGGGUCUGAAUACUUAUGUACUUAUGUAAAUAUAGUAUUUAUUUUGUAAAAAUUGUAAUACAUUUGCACAUUAUGGGGUAUUGUGUGUAGAUUGAUGAGUAAAACAUUUAAUGUAAUCCAUUUUAAAUAAGGCUGUAACGUAACAAAAUGUGGAAAAAGGGAAGCAGUAUGAAUACUUUCCGAAUGCACUGUAUAUACAAAAGUAUGUGGACACCGUUCAAAUUAGUGGAUUUGACUAUUUCAGCCGUUGUUGACAGGUGUAUAAAAUUGAGCACACAGCCAUGCAAUCUCCAUAGACAAACAUUGGCAGUAGAAUGGCCUUACUGAAGAGCUCAGUGACUUUCAAUGUGGUACUGUCAUAGGAUGCGUAGCGCAUACAAAUCUUCUGUCCUCGGUUGCAACACUCACUACCAAGUUCCAAACUGCCACUGGAAGCAACGUCAGCACAAUAACUGUUCAUCGGGAGCUUCAUGAAAUGGGUUUCCAUGGCCGAGCAGCCGCACACAAGCCUAAGAUCACCAUGCACAAUGCCAAGCGUCGGCUGGAGUUGUGUAAAGCUUGCCGCCAUUGGACUCUGGAGCAGUGGAAACUCAUUCUCUGGAGUGAUGAUUCACGUUUCACUACAUUUACAUUUACGUCAUUUAGCAGACGCUCUUAUCCAAAACGACUUACAAAUUGGUGCAUUCACCUUAUAGCCAGUGGGAUAACCACUUUACAAUGUUUUUUUGUUUUUUUUGGGGGGGUGGGUAGAAGGAUUACUUUAUCCUAUCCCAGGUAUUCCUUAAAGAGGUGGCGUUUCAAAUGUCUCCGGAAGGUGGUGAGUGACUCCGCUGUCCUGGCGUCGUGAGGGAGCUUGUUCCACCAUUGGGGUGCCAGAGCAGCGAACAGUUUUGACUGGGCUGAGCGGGAACUAUGCUUCCGCAGAGGUAGGGGAGCUAGCAGGCCAGAGAUGAAUGAACGCAAUGCCCUCGUUUGGGUGUAGGGACUGAUCAGAGCCUGAAGGUACGGAGGUGCCGUUCCCCUCACAGCUCCGUAGGCAAGCACCAUGGUCUUGUAGCAGAUGCGAGCUUCAACUGGAAGCCAGUGGAGUGUGCGGAGGAGCGGGGUGACGUGAGAGAACUUGGGAAGGUUGAACACCAGACGGGCUGCGGCAUUCUGGAUGAGUUGUUGGGGUUUAAUGGCACAGGCAGGGAGCCCAGCCAACAGCGAGUUGCAGUAAUCCAGACGGGAGAUGACAAGUGCCUGGAUUAGGACCUGUGCCACUUCCUGUGUAAGGCAGGGUCGUACUCUCCGAAUGUUGUAGAGCAUGAACCUACAGGAUCGGGUCACCGCCUUGAUGUUAGCGGAGAACGACAGGGUGUUGUCCAGGGUCACGCCAAGGCUCUUCGCACUCUGGGAGGAGGACACAACGGAGUUGUCAACCGUGAUGGUGAGAUCAUGGAACAGGCAGUCCUUCCCCGGGAGGAAGAGCAGCUCCGUCUUGCCAAGGUUCAGCUUGAGGUGGUGAUCCGUCAUCCAUACUGAUAUGUCUGCCAGAGAUGCGAUUCGCCACCUGGUUAUCAGAAGGGGGAAAGGAGAAGAUUAGUUGUGUGUCGUCUGCUGGUAUCUGGCAGUCUGACGGACGAAUCUGGGUUUGGCGGAUACCAGGAGAACGCUACCUGCCCGAAUGCAUAGUGCCAACUGAAAAGUUUGGUGGAGGAGGAAUAAUGGUCUGGGGCUGUUUUUCAUGGUUCGGGCUAGGCUUCUUAGUUCUAGUGAAGGGAAAUCAUAACGCUACAGCAUACAAUGACAUUCUAGACGAACUUUGUGGCAAUAGUUUGGGUAAGGCCCAUUCCUGUUUCAGCAUGACCAUGCCCCCGUGCACAAAGCGAGGUCCAUACAGAAAUGGUUUGUCUAUCGGUGUGGAAGAACUUGACUGGCUUGCACAGAGCCCUGACCUCAACCCCAUCGAACACCUUUAAGAUUAAUUGGAACGCCGACUGCGAGCCAGGCCUAAUCACCCAACAUCAGUGCCAGACCUCACUAAUGCUCUUGUGGCUGAAUGGAAGCAAGUCCCCACAGCAAUGUUCCAACAUCUAGUGGAAAGCCUUCCCAGAAGAGUGGAGGCUGUUAUAGCAGCAAAGGGGGGACCAACUCCAUAUUAAUGCCCAUGAUUUAGGAAUGAGAUGUUUGACUAGCAGGUGUCCACAUCCUGUUGACAUGUGGUGUAUGUAGGUAGUGUAUAUGUCAAAUGGUUAAGGGAAUACCAGAUACAUAUAUUCCCAUAUAGGUUUAAAACAUUCUCACACCUAUCUUUUUAAACUUAAACAGAUUACUCAAACUUCUGAUAUUAAAGUUUAAACAUUGAGGUAAACACUAAUUCUCAGGCACUAUUUAAAAGAAAGAAAAAUACAAAUAAAAAGCUGAUUCCGAUUCAGAAGGGGUCUAUGUAGAACCUUCAUGCCUUCCAAAUAAUCAUCAGAACCCUUUCUUCCAAAUAAUCAUCAGAACCCUUUCUUCCAAAUAAUCAUCAGAACCCUUUCUUCCAAAUAAUCAUCAGAACCCUUUCUUCCAAAUAAUCAUCAGAACCCUUUCUUCCAAAUAAUCAUCAGAACCCUUUCUUCCAAAUAAUCAUCAGAACCCUUUCUUCCAAAUAAUCAUCAGAACCCUUUCUUACAAAUAAUCAUCAGAACCCUUUCUUACAAAUAAUCAUCAGAACCCUUUCUUACAAAUAAUCAUCAGAACCCUUUCUUACAAAAACGGUUCUGAGGAUGUUAAAGGUUCUAGGCAGAACCCUUUGCCUUAGAACGAACCCUCGUCUUCCAAAAAUGGGUUAUUAAGAUGAAAUCAGUUGUCGGUAAAACUCUAUCCCUCCACAAAAAAACCUUUUGGAACCAUUUUUUCUAAUAGUGCACAGUGAAACAUGAUUCAUCUCUGUCUUAAGAAUGACAAUGUGUUUCCUCCUGUGUCUAACUCUGACCCUGUGUAUCUCCUCCUGUGUCUUACUCUGACCUUAACUCUAUCCCCCUGUGUCUAACUCUGACCCUGACCUUGUCCUCAUGUGUUUGACUCUGACCUUGACCCUCUCCUCCUGUGUCUAACUCUGACCCUGUGUCGAACUCUGACCCUGACCCUCUCCUCCUGUGUCUAACUCUGACCCUGUGUCGAACUCUGAUCUUGACCCUCUCCUCCUGUGUCUGACCUUGACCCUCUCCUCCUGUGUCUAACUCUGACCCUGUGUCGAACUCUGACCCUGACCCUCUCCUCCUGUGUCUAACUCUGACCCUGACCCUGUCUUCCUGUGUCUAACUCUGACCCUGUGUGUCUCCUCCUGUGUCUAACUCUGACCAUGUGUCUCUCCUCCUGUGUCGAACUCUGACCUUGACCCUCUCCUCCUGUGUCUAACUCUGACCCUGUGUCGAACUCUGACCCUGACCCUCUCCUCCUGUGUCUAACUCUGACCCUGUGUCGAACUCUGACCCUGACCCUCUCCUCCUGUGUCUAACUCUGACCCUGACCCUCUCCUCCUGUGUCUAACUCUAACCUUAACCCUAUCCCCCUGUGUCUAACUCUAACCUUAACCCUAUCCCCCUGUGUCUAACUCUGACCCUGUGUCUCUCCCCCUGUGUCUAACUCUGACCCUGUGUCUCUCCUCCUGUGUCUAACUCUGACCCUGUCUUCCUGUGUCUAACUCUGACCCUGUGUCGAACUCUGACCCUGACCCUCUCCUCCUGUGUCUAACUCUGACCCUGUGUCUCUCCUCCUGUGUCUAACUCUGACCCUGUGUCGAACUCUGACCCUGACCCUCUCCUCCUGUGUCUAACUCUGACCCUGUCCCUCUCCUCCUCCAGACUCUGAUGAGUCUCCGAGCUCCAGGGAGCGGACAGUGGUUCUCCGUUGCAACGCUGCGCUCUGUAGCGAGGACCUGUGCAGUCGUCUGAACACCAAGAAGGACUCCGGCUGCCAGACUGAAGACUUCCUGGUCUGCGCUCCGUCCCGCCGGAGGGUCCAGUCCCAGUGGGGUCAGGAGGGGGUCAACUCCGCCCCCGUCCCUCUGUCCCUCUCCACCGGGAACAUCUCCUCUCUACCAGACCCCUCGGAGCGCAACGACGCCAUGUUCUCCUCUUCGCUGGGGGUACGCCUGCGGUCACACAGCCAGCCAAGGGAGGGGAGGAGACUGAUGGAUGAGGUUCACCACCACAGGGAGAAGGGGGAGGAGCUGUCUCCCUCAGAGACUGAGGACUUCCUGUCUGGGCCGGGGGAGCUGAAGGAGGAGGGGGAGGAGAGUACCGAUGACCAGGCCCAGCCGGACCACCCUCUGGCCAGCCUGAAGUACCAGCAGCACCCUGGCAGCCCCUGGAUGGAGAGGGGCCGCUCCCGCCUCCCCCGGAAGGUUGACAUGGGGAGCUGUGAGAUGUCCUCCAGCUCAGACACCUUCUCCAGUCCGCUCCACUCUACCUCCACCAGGGGAGUUCUGGGGUGUCAGAUGGACCAUAAAGACGACCACCAGUCUUCUAGUGGGAACUGGAGUGGCAGCAGCUCAACAUGCCCCUCCCAUACCUCCGAGACCCUCCCCCCAGCCACCUCCCCCCAGCUCACUGGCUCCUCCCACUGUGACUCGGAGCUGUCGCUGAACACCGCCCCCCAUGCUACAGAUGACCCCGCCCUCAUCCUGGACCCUUACCAGACCGACCGGCAGCUGGAUGAUGCAAGGGUCAGCACGGCUAGCGACGGGGAGUGGAGUUACCCACACCCUGACCACCCCAGCCCCAGGCCCCAUGACCUCAGCCCUGAGCGCUCCAGAGAGGGGGAGGGGAGUCUGGGCUGCCCAAGCUUUACCAGCAUGGCUACCUGUGAGAGCUUCACUACAGACAAGCCUCCUUCUGAGAAGGCUGACACUGUAUCAUACUACUCCAUAGACACUGAGGGUUACUACACCUCCAUGCACUUUGACUGUGGUCUGAAAGGGAGCAAGAGCUUCAUGUAUAACUACUCUGCCUCUGACUGUGGCCAGGAGCACAUGACUCUGGGGAGACGCUGUCUGACGUUGAGGAAACCCAAGGCCAAGCCCUCUGCCCCCAGGCGCAGCUCCUCACUAAGGAAGAUCAACGGGGGGGGGGACGCUCCUGACGACAGUGAACCAAAGACCCCCAGUGGGCAGCAGAGAAAGUGGUGUUCCAGAGAGAGGAGGUUACAGCUGGACCUGGAGGGCUCCCUGGGCCGCACUGACCCCCCUGACCCUGACCCUGCUCUGAACCAUCUGGAGGACCCUAUUCUGGGAGGGGAGGGGGGGUCAGGGUUGGAGCAAGACCCCCUGGAGGCCCUGGAGACCUGGCGGAGGGAGGACACCGAGGAGAUGCCCGGCUCCGGCCUGUUUGGUUCCUCUGACAGAGGCUCCUAUAAAGAUGAGGGCGCUGUCCAGUCAGACUAUGCAGAUCUCUGGCUUGUGAAUGACUUGAAGUCAAACACCGACCCCUACCGCUCCCUGUCUAACUCCUCCACCGCUACCGGUACUACUGUAAUAGAAUGUAUAAAGUCUCAGAGUUCAGAGUCCCAGACCUCCCAAUCAGGCUCCAGAGCCACCACCCCCUCACUGCCAUCAGUAGAAGACUUCAAGAUGUCCUCCCUGCCCUCAGUAGAAGGUGACUUCAAGAUGUCCUCUCCAGAGAGGCUCGCCGGCUUAGUGUCGCCAUCUAGUGGCUACUCCAGCCAAUCAGAAACCCCCACCUCCUCCUUCCCCUCAGCCUUCUUCCCCGAACCCCUGUCACCCACCAAUCAGAAGAGGAAGCCCAAGAUUCCAGAGAGGAAGUCAUCUCUGUCCGUCACCUCCACCAGAGAUCUGGAGCUGCCAGUCAUCCCCCCCAGCCACCAGGACCUCAGUGCCCUUCACAGCCCUAACCCUACCAACCCUAACCCUACCCCUACCAACCCUAACCCUACCCCUACCAACCCUACCCCUACCAACCCUAACCCUACCAACCCUAACCCUACCCCUACCAACCCUAACCCUACCAACCCUAACCCUACCCCUACCAACCCUACCCCUACCAACCCUAACCCUACCCCUACCAACCCUACCCCUACCAACCCUAACCCUACCCCUACCAACCCUACCCCUACCAACCCUAACCCUACCCCUACCAACCCUAACCCUACCAACCCUAACCCUACCCCUACCAACCCUCCUCCAGUCUCUACCAAGCCCCCAGGCCACAGGAACCAGCUCUACCUCCUGCAGCAAAGCAAGCAGAAGGCAGGAGCAUCGGCCAGGGCUGAGGCCAGUCCAGCAACCGAGACCUCCAGCAGUCUUCCCAUGACCAUCACCCCCACCGUGCUGCGCUCAGUCCAGCUGAGGUCUGUGGGGAAGCAAGGAGAGGGGAGCCCUGACCGGCCCGGCCCAGAUGUUGCCACCAGACCCAAGUGUCCCACUGUGAACAUCAGCCCCCCUUCCAGCAGCAGGUCCCCUGAGUCUACAGCCAGGAAGCCUCCAGCCUACAACUCCCAGGUUCCCCCCUCUCAACAGUACUGUGAGUCACUGUUGAGCCCCAGCGAAGGCCCUGUCACUAAGGACUCAGCAGGUCACAGUAGUGUGAGGUACAGACAGGACAGACACCCUACUGAACCCCAGUGGAGUGCCACCGCCUUCAGACACCCAGGAGACCACACACUGGCAGACCAGGAGACACUGGCAGACCAGGAGAGACUACCAGACCAGGAGACACUACCAGACCAGGAGAGACUACCAGACCAGGAGAGACUACCAGACCAGGAGACACUGGCAGACCAGGAGACACUGGCAGACCAGGAGAGACUACCAGACCAGGAGACACUACCAGACCAGGAGAGACUACCAGACCAGGAGACACUGGCAAAAGAGGACCAUACCAUCAGAGACCAAGACCAGCCCCUCCUAUACCAAGACCAGCCCCUCCUAUACCAAGACCAGCCCCUCCUAUACCAAGACCAGCCCCUCCUAGACCAAGACCAGCCCCUCCUAGACCAAGACCAGCCACUUACAGACCAGCAGUCCCUGCUAGACCAGGAGGUCUGCCAGAGGGGGGCUGAGGCCACAGGGGUGACCCCAGGUCAGGAGGUAGAGGAACAGGAAGCUCUAUUCCCUGGGAGCAACAGCAGUCUGGAGGCAGAACAGUACCGACCACAACCACCUGAGCCAUCUAAACUACAGAGAGCUGAAGACCCUUCAAUGUGUCCUGCUCAGCACAGCUUAGCCACAACAACAGACAGUCUAGACAAAGUGCCUGUUAUAAGUGAUCAGUCGGAAACAAUCAGCGAUGCGGCUGGCAGAGAAGAGGAGUGUAAGUCAUCAGGAGUUCCAACCGUUAGUGCCUCUCAGGAGGACACUAUACUAGUAGAGGAAGGGUCCACCCCAGAGACUACCCCAGACACAGAGACUACCCCACACACCCCAGACAGAGACUACCCCACACACAAAGACUACCCAACACACCCCAGACAGAGAGACUACCCCAGACACCCCAGACACAGAGACUACCCCACACACCCCUGACACAGAGACCACGCCAGACACCCUAGACAGAGACUACCCCAGACACAGAGACUACCCAAGACUACCCAAACACAGAGACUACCCCAGACACAGAGACUACCCCAGACACAGAGACUACCCCAGACACAGAGACUACCCCAGACACAGAGACUAUCACAGACACAGAGACACUACCCCAGACACAGACUACCCCAGACACAGACUACCCCAGACACAGACUACCCCAGACACAGACUACCCCAGACACAGAGAGACUACCCCAGACACAGACUAUCCCAGACAGAGACUACCCCAGACACAGAGACAACCCCAGACACAGAGACCACCCCAGACACAGAGACAACCCCAGACACAGAGACACUACCCCAGACACUGCCCCAGACACAGAGACCACCCCAGACACAGAGACCACCCCAGACACUACCCCAGACACAGAGACCACCCCAGACACAGAGACUACCCCAGACACUACCCCAGACACAGAGACCACCCCAGACACAGAGACAUUACCCCAGACACAGAGACUACCCCAGACACAGAGACUACCCCCAGACACAGAGACAACCCCAGACACAGAGACCACCCCAGACAGAGACAACCCCAGACACAGAGACACUACCCUAGACAGACUACCCCAAACACAGAGACCACCCCAGACACAGAGACAACCCCAGACACAGAGACACUACCCUAGACAGACUACCCCAGACACAGAGACUACCCCAGACACAGAGACCACCCCAGACACAGAGACUACACCAGACACAGAGACCACCCCAGACACUACCCAACAAGAGAACCACCCAGACAACAGAGACUACCCCAGACACAGAGACUACCCCAGACACAGAGACCACCCCAGACACAGAGACUACCCCAGACACUACCCCAGACAGAGACCACCCGGAACAGAGACUUACCCCAGACAUACCCCAGACACAGAGACUACACAGACAAGAGACCAACCCCAGGGACACCGAGGACAAUACCCCGCACACAGAGGAUCCCCAGACACAGAGACUACCCAGAACAGAUGAAAUACCCCAGACACAGAGACCACCCCAGACACAGAGGACUACCCCAGACACUACCCCAGACACAGCGACCACCCCGAAACAGAGACACCCUAGACACAGAGCCUACCCCCAGGACACAGAAGACCACCCCAGGACACAGAGACCACCCCAGACACAGAGACCACCCUAGACACAGAGGACUACCCCAGGACUUACCCCAGACACAGAGACUACCCCAGACACAGAGACAACCCCAGACACAGAGACACUACCCCAGACACUACCCCAGACACAGAGACUACCCCAGACACUACCCCAGACACAGAGACACUACCCCAGACACUACCCCAGACACAGAGACUACCCCAGAGACCACCACAGACACAGAGCAGGGCUACUGCAGUAAAGGACAGCCGUUGUCAUUUACUAGAAGACAGGAAAUCCUUUUUUAAAUAGUCUAGACGCUAGCCUAAAUUAAGGAUUGCCUUUAAACCAAUCAAGCUUUGUCUUGUACAUGAAUCCAGCCCACCCCUGUUUUCCAGAUUCCAGACCCAGUGACAACUCUAUCUUUCCUCUAAGUGAGGAGACCAAGGCUGAGGGUGAUGUCUUUCUGUCGCCCACCAAGGCACGUACUACAGAGGAGCUGUUUACCAUGAUACACAGGUGGGUUUCUGCUGAUAGUUUGAUUUGUCACAAAGCUAACAACCUUGUUUUGCCAGAAAGAAACACGGCUGCUCUAACUUUUACAAAUGUAACCCUGUUACCCAGUCCUAACUAUAACCCUAACUACUGUUCUGUUAUCUAUAACCCUAACUACUGUUCUGUUAUCUAUAACCCUAACUACUGUUCUGUUAUCUAUACCUAACUACUGUUCUGUUAUCCUAACCCCUAAAACUACUGUUCUGUUAUCUAAACCCUAACUACUGUUCUUUAUCUAUAACCCUAACUACUGUUCUUGUUAUCUAUAACCCUAACUAGUUGUUAUGGUAUCUAUACCAUAACUAUUUAUGUAUCUAUAACCCUAACUACUGUUCGGUGAUCUAUAACCUAACUACGUUUGUUAUCUAUAACCCUAACUAACGUUCUGUUAUCUAUAACCCUAACUACUGUCGUUAUCUAUAACCCUAAAAAACUAAUGUUUCUGUUAUCUAUAACCCUGAAAUAUGGUCUGUUAUCUAGAACCCUACUACGUUUGGUACCUAUAACCCUAAAUACUGUUAUGUUAUUAUAACACCAUAACUACUGUUCUGUUAUCUAUAACCUAAAUUAAUGGUUACUGUUAUGAAAACCCUAACUACUGUUCUGUUAUCUAUAACCCUAACUAAUGUUCUGUUAUCUAUAACCCUAAAUACUGUUCUGUUAUCUAUAACCCUAACCACUGUUGGUAUCUUAUAACCCAACUACUGUUUCUGUUAUCUAUAAACCUAACUACUGUUCUGUUAUCAAAACACUAACUACUGUUCUGUUAUCAUACCCUAAGACUGUUGGUUAUCUAUAACCCUAAAUACUGUUCUGUUAUCUAUAACCCUAACUACGGUUCUGUUAACUAUAACCCUAACACUGUUUUCUGUUAUCUAAUAACCUAACUACUGUUGCUGUUAUCUCUAUAAGCCCUAACUACUGUUUCUGUUAUCUAUAACCCUAACUCACUGUUCUGUUAUGCUAUAACCCGAACUACUGUUUCUGUUAUCCUAUAACCCAACUAACUGUUUCUGUUAUCUAUAAACCCUAAAUACUGUUCUGUUGAUCUAUAACCCUAACUACUGUUCCUGGUUAUCUAUAACCUAACUACUGUUCUGUUAUCUAUAACCCUAACUACUGUUCUGUAUCUAUAACCCUAACUACUGUUCUGUUAUCUAUAACCCUAACUACUGUUCUGUUAUCUAUAACCCUAAACUACUGUUCUGUUCUAUAACCCAUAACCUACUGGUUCUGGUAUCUAUAACCCUAACUACUGUUCUGUUAUCUAUAACCCCUAACUACUGUUCUGUUAUCUAUACCCUAACUACUGUUCUGUUAUCUAUACCCUAACUACUGUUCUGUUAUCUAUAACCCCUAACUACUGUUCUGUUAUCUUAAACCCUAACUACGUUCUGUUCUCUAUAACCCUAACUACUGUUCUGUUAUCUAUAACCCUAACUAAACUGUUCUGUUAUCGAUAACCCUAACCACUGUUCGUUAAUCUAUCACCCUAACUACUGUUGUUAUCUUACCCUAAACUACUGUUUCGUUAUCUAUAUGCCCUAAACACGGUUCUGGUAUCUAUAACACUAACUACUGUUAUGGUAUCUAUAACCCUUUAAAUACUGUUCUGUUAAUCAUAACCCUAACCACUGUUCUGUUAUCUAUAACACCCUAACUACUUGUCUGUUAUUCUAUAACCCUAAUACUUUUCUGUAUCAUAACCCUAACUAGUGUUAUGUUAUCAUAACCCUAAUACUGUUCUGUAUCUAUAACCAUAACUAGUCGUAUCUAUAACCAUAACCAUGUUCUGUUAUCUAUAACCCUAACUACUGUUCUGUGAUCUAUAACCCUAAACUACUGUUUGUUAUCUAUAACCCUAACUACUGUUCGGUGAUCUAUAACCCUCCUACCUACUGUUCUGUUAUCUAUAACCCUAACUAUGUUCUGUUCUACUAUCUCCCUUAACUAAUGUUAUGUUAGCUAUAACCCUAACUACUGUUCUGGUUAUCUAUAACCCUAACAGGUUCUGUUAUCUAUAACCCUAAAACUACGUUCUGUUAUCUAUAACCUAACUACCGGUUGUGUGUUCUAGAACCUAAACUACUGUUCUGUAUCUAUAACCCUAACUACUGUUGUGGGUAUCUAUAAACCCUAACUACUGUUCUGUCUAUAACCCUAACUACUGUUCUGUUAUCUGAUCCCGAACUAACUGUUCUGUUAGGAAACCCUAACGACUGUUCUGUUAUCUAUAACCCUAACUUACUGUUGGUUAUCUAUAACCCUAACUACUGUUCUGUUAUCUAUAACCCUAAAUACUGUUCUGUUAUUAAUCCCUAACUACUGUUCUGUUAUCUAAACCCUAACUGCUGUGUUAUGUAUCUAACCCUAACUACUGUUCUGGUAUCUAUAACCCUAACUAUCUGUUCUGUUAUCUAUAACCCUAACUACUGUUUCUGUUAUCUAUAACUAACUACUGUUCUGUUAUCUAUAACCCUAAAUACUGUUCUUAUCUAUAACCCUAAACUACUGUUGUGUUAUCUUAACCCUAACUACUGUUGGGUUUAUCUUCAACCUAACUACUGUUUUGUAUCUACAACCCUAACUACUGUUCUGUUAUCUAUAACCCUAAUACUGUUCUGUUAUCUAUAAACCCUAAACUAUGUUCGGUAUCUGAUCCCUAACUACUGUUUCUGUUAGCUAUAACCCUAACUAGGUUAUGUUAUCUAUACACCUAAAAAACCCACAAAAAAACCAAAAAUGACUGUCUGUUAUCUAUAACCCUAACUACUGUUAUGUUAUCUAGAAACCAUAAAUACUGUUCUGUUGAUCUAUUUUUAACCCUAACUACUGUUCUGUUGUCUAUACCCUACUACGUCUGUUAUCUAUAACCCUAAACUACUGUUUGUGGAUCUGUUGAUCUAAAACCCUACACUACUGUUCUGUUAUCUAUAACCCUAACUAAGUUCUGAUACACCCAGUCCCUAAAUACUGUUCUGUAUCUAUAACCCUACUACUGUUCUGUUAUCUAUAACCUAAAUACUUCUUUGUAUCUAUAACCCGAACCACUGUUCUGUUAUCUAUAACCCUAACUAAUGUUCUGUUAUCUAUAACCCUAGCCACUGUCCUGUUAUCUAUAACCCUAACUACUGUUCUGUAUCUAUAACCCUAACUACUGUUCUGUUAUCUAUAACCCUAACUACUGUUCUGUUAUCUCUAACCCUAACCACUGUUCUGUUAUCUAUAACCCUAACUACUGUUCUGUUAUCUAUAACCCUAACUACUGUUCUGUUAUCUAUAACCCUAACUACUGUUCUGUUAUCUAUAACCCUAACUACUGUUCUGUUAUCUAUAACCCUAACCACUGUUCUGUUAUCUAUAACCCUAACUACUGUUCUGUUAUCUAUAACCCUAACUACUGUUCUGUUAUCUAUAACCCUAACUACUGUUCUGUUAUCUAUAACCCUAACUACUGUUCUGUUAUCUAUAACCCUAACUACUGUUCUGUUAUCUAUAACCCUAACUACUGUUAUGUUAUCUAUAUCCCUAACUACUGUUCUGUUAUCUAUAACCCUAACUACUGUUCUGUUAUCUAUAACCCUAACUACUGUUCUGUUAUCUAUAACCCUAACUACUGUUCUGUUAUCUAUAACCCUAACUACUGUUCUGUUAUCUAUAACCCUAACUACUGUUCUGGUAUCUAUAAACCCUAACUACUGUUCUGUUAUCUAUAACCCUAACUACUGUUCUGUUAUCUAUAACCCUAACUACUGUUCUGUUAUCUAUAACCCUAACUACUGUUCUGGUAUCUAUAACCCUAACUACUGUUCUGUUAUCUAUAACCCUAACCACUGUUCUGGUAUCUAUAACCCUAACUACUGUUCUGUUAUCUAUAACCCUAACUACUGUUCUGUUAUCUAUAACCCUAACUACUGUUCUGUUAUCUAUAACCCUAACCACUGUUCCACUGUCCUUCAUAGAUCCAGGAGGAAAGUUUUAGGUAGGAAGGACUCUGGAGAGUUAAAUGCCCGGAGCCGUCUGUGUGCUGCAUCUGGGAGCACCUCACCUUGUACCCCCGUCAACCCACCUGGCAACACUGUGACCUCUCUGGUGACCCCCAGCACCCCGACUGGCCCCCAGAAGGCCCCAGGACCCAUCUACCGCAGUCUGAAGAAGUCCUCCACCUCCAACGAGGAGUUCAAACUACUGCUCCUGAAGAAAGGCAGCCGCUCAGACUCCAGCUACCGCAUGUCGGCCACAGAGAUCCUGAAGAGCCCCAUCGGCCACAAGUCCCCUGGAGACCACCUGCCCACGCUGGAGGAGCCCCUCUCCCCUCCGCCAGGCACGGAGAAGCUCCCCAGCCCCUUCACAGAGGGCUUGUCUCCUAAAGGCAUGUCCCCUGCAGCCUCCUUCAGACAGAGCCGGUCCCGCGUCCCUCCGCCAGCCACCAGCAGCCACUACAGCAUCCGCAGCAGACACCACCCGGCCCCCAUGCAGGCCAUCUCAGAGGGCGAGACGGAGAACUCAGACAGGAGCCCCUCCUCACAGGGCUCCUCCUAA